AUGAAUGCAGAUUUUAUUUCUGCUGAGACAUAUAACAUGAGGAAAGACACUGAAUCAUGCAACACUUUAAAAGAUAUCGCUACUGAGAACCAAACUACAAAAUAUAUCAAAAUUGAGGCAAGCAUCUCAUAUGAUACUAAAUCUGGCUAACGUAUGCGUGGGUAUUGGCAAACAAGGGGAAUGUGCCUAGGUUUGGAGGGGUUAAAAAUAAUUUGAUAUACUAACAAAUUGACAGUGAAAAUUCAAUUUAACUUUAGUGAAGAAACCCACUACUUUUUAUUUCUCAGAUGUCGUCAUAGUUUUAAAAUACUGAAAUUAUUAAAAACAGUCAUAGUUCUUACUAAGAAAAGUUAUUUUUUUCUAUAUUAUAUUUUACGGACCCUGAGGUCUCUUUUCUCACUACCGAACCUGCCCUGAAACAUUAGCUGCCUCUAGUGUAGUGGAGUAAGUUAACAAGGAGAUCCCAUAAUGCAAAGCCUGUCAAUAUGUGUGUUCUCAAUGAGGUAAAGUGGCUUUAUGGAGAUGACAGAACGGUCUAAAUGUCUUUCUGACUUUAUUACAUAUUUUUACACCUUUAAUUCUUCUCAUUUUUGAUUUGAAUUCAUAGUUUGAAAAUUAUUUUGAAACGUGUGCUUCUUAACUCCCUACAGUUAUUUGAUUUAUGUUCUUGUUAUAUUAGUGCAUUUAAUGUAAAAUAUGAAAAUCAUGUUGGGUAACCUUUGUUUUUUUUAAUUAUAUUGUAGUCUAUUGCUUUUAUUUGUCUUUUACCUUUUUUUUUUGCUGGAAGGUAUUAAAAUAUUGUGAAAAAUGCACUAGUUCAUUUCUCACUGUGCUCAUCUGCUCUGAGCAGCAGUCGGCCAGAUUCUUGCUGAAGCCGAAAAUCUCUUGCUAAGCUGAACAAUGAAAAUCAAAGUACUAUUGUUAUUCUGAGCCUGUUUUUAGAUGAAGUACAUUGGCGCAUCUGUUAUUGAUUUAUUUGUACUUGGGAAUGAAAGAAUCUGUCUCUGUUUAAUAGAAACAGGUUUUAUUUCUAUGGCUCAUAGACACCACAGUGUUCUAGAUAUCCCAAGAAAGAUGCCACAUGUUGAGAGCACAAUAAGCCCCUGUAAAAGAAAAGGCGCAAUCAGGCUGAUAAUAAAAUAGAGCUUCUGUUCGAAGUCCUGUAAUAGGGGACAACAUUUCAUGAGUUGGGAACACUGAUUCAUUGAUUUCUCUCUAUUUUAUAAGAUGAAUAUUGUUGAAAAGUUUGAACCAGCAAUGUUCAACAUUUGCUACUGAUAUAGAACACUUUUGUUAUUAUCAUUUAGUAACUUUUAGAAAAAUGGUACACUUCAAUGUAAUACUUGAGUUGGUGAUCAUCAAAUUCAUUGAAAUAUUAGACAUGUUAAAAAAUAAAUAAAAUCAUAUGAAAAAAAAUUUGUUCCUAUGCUGUUUUACCUUUGGAAGUUUGAGAUCAGUUUCCUCAAUGUAUAACUUAAACUGUUUAUCUGCUUUUUGGGAUUACAAAAUUAGCAAAUGUGGUAGACCAGGCAUUUCUGAGUGUAAUAGGUAGCUUUAGAUCGCUUGAACAACGCUCAGAAGAUUAUUGAAAAUAGUAUUAUUUGGCUGAGCAAUUCUUCCUUUUCGCAAGUCAAUUUUAUGGUGUGCUUUUUAUAUUAUUAUUUUUGCACUUGUAUAUAGGGGGGGAGGGUGGAGGCUACAAAUUAGUGUUAAAUGCCUCAAGGGUAGUAUUUCACAAUUUCUCCUUGGUGACCAUGCAAGGCUUUACCUAAUAACAAAUAAUCUAUUUCACAGGUGAGUGCAUUCAGUUUACACCUGAAUAGGAUAUUAGAUAACCCACUCAAAGAACAGGGAUGGCAUAGUGCCCUAAUGGCGAUGUGAGAGCCACUUAAGGUUUUGGCACUGGGGCAAUGUUAAGUAUAUACACCAUUGUCUGUACUCACAAUUGUUUUUCUGUCUUGAUGACUGCUUAUUUUGCUUCUUGUUAUGCACCUAUGUUUAUUCCAGUGUUCCAAAUGUAUGAAUCUUAUUUAUACUUGAUAUAAAACUGACAUUGUACGUUCAAUUCAAGUCACUAUAUCUCCUUAAGCGGAUAAUAUGUUAUUUAACAUACUGUUCACUUAAUGGGAUACUGUAGCCACCCAGAUAACUUCAGCUUAUUGAAGUGGUCUGGAUGCAAUGUCCCAAGUCCCUUAACUCUGAGUAGAUAACUAUUGCAGUUUUUAAGAAACUGCAAUAAUUACCUGCUAGGGUUAACUCGACCUCUAGUGGCUGUCUGACUUCCAGGCUGUUAGGUUACUUUUGGUCUCCUAACUAACUGCUGGACGUCGUUACGCUAUGCAUGGGGACAUCCUGUCACCCAAAACACCACAGGAAAGCAUUGAAUAAUGCUUUGCUAUGAAGAAAUCCUAAUGCGAGGCAUGCGCAUUAGGUCUCCCCCGCUGGCUGACGUCGGUGGGGGAGGAGAGAAGACAGACCUGAGCCAGCCUUGAGGGACAUCAAUGCUGGACCCAUGUAAGUGACAGGAGUUUUUGUUUUUGUUUUUUUUAAACCCUUCUGCACCACGGGGGUGGGACCUUGACAGAGGGGGAAGGUAUAGUGCCUGUAAAAUUAGUUUGUUUUCCUAGCACUAUAGUUUCCCUUUAACAAUGCACACCCCGGCAUAAUUUGCCCUGCUUGGGAAUACUUCCCAUGGUAAAGCACCGGAGCAAAAGGAAAAGGAUGGCUGUGUCCAAAAAAGACAGAUUCAGUAAGUAAAUCCCUCCCAUCUGGCCAGUGGAUCCUGAGCGGCGAUGUUCCAUCUGGGAUCUGCACUUUAAGAUUGAGUCAUAGUUUGUUUUAUAUUUUUAUGUUAUUUUUCAGUUUUGAAUGCAUUAAAGGACCACUAUAGUGCCAGGAAAACAUACUCGUUUUCCUGGCACUAUAGUGCCCUCAGGGACCCCCUCCCACCGGGCUGGAUGGCGAGGAAAGGGGUUAAACCUACCUUUAUUCCAGGGCCGGGCGGGGAGCUCUCCUCCUCCUCUCCGCCUCCGAUCCUCCUCCUGGGCUGAAUGCGCAUGCGCAGCAAGAGCUGUGCGCGCAUUCAGCCGGUCUCAUAGGAAAGCAUUCAUAAUGCUUUCCUAUGGACGCUUGCGUCUUCUCACUGUGAUUUUCACAGUGAGAAGCACGCAAGCGCCUCUAGCGGCUGUCAAUGAGACAGCCACUAGAGGAUUUGGAGGCUGGAUUAACCCAUUUAUAAACAUAGCAGUUUCUCUGAAACUGCUAUGUUUAUAAAAAAGGGGUUAAUCCUAGAGGGACCUGGCACCCAGAUCACUUCAUUAAGCUGAAGUGGUCUGGGUGCCUAGAGUGGUCCUUUAACUCUCAACCAAGAUAGGGUGGAUGGACUUUUUCUUAGAAGUGGGACAUCUUAAUCAUUUUUUGCUACAAGUGUUAUAUAAUCUAUUAUGGAUGAGGGAAGGUGCACAUAUUGAAUUGAAGUUAAUUAGUGAUUUUAAUUAAUUAGUGAUGAUAAAGGUUAUAUUUUAACGAUUCCUCAUGUGCCAUUUUUUUUAUUACUUCUCCUUGUUUUCAUUCAGUGGUUGAUGUGAAAUCCGGAUCAGCCAUACUGAUAAGCAAGUUCUCUAUUUUGUAAUAACCUAACCCUAUAUGUUUAAUAAAUAAUUAAAGACACUAGACAACUCUCCAAGAUCUUGUCAGUAUUGAUAUGAUCAAUAAGACCAGAUUGAUAAGACAUUGUUCACAACCUGGACUUUUGCAUCCAAGAUGUGAUUUAGCAAAAACAAGAAAGCAAGACAUUCGGUUAGGUAGAAUAUUGGUAAGACUGCGCGAAUAUUCUCUGUAACUCAUUGUUGACCGUACUAGCAUAUUCUCAUUAACUGUAAUGCAGUGCCUGAGAAUUAAUAAACAUGGCAGUAAGAAGAUGAAACAUUGUUUGGUCUGACUCUCUUCAUAAUCCUGUAUCAGGGGUUAGCCCCCAUUUAAUGUUGUUGGGUAUAUUUAUAAUAGUUCAUUGUUGUGUAAACUAGAAAUGUAUGCACUUUUAUUCAAAUUAAACUUGUGUACUGUGACAUAUACGCUUUAAAGUUAUGAGGAAAUAGAAUUGUGAUCCAUAUAUUAAAGCAAAUGUUAUUUAACUUUUCUUUGUGCUACUUUUUAUCUCUAGAUGUGCGGCAGAGUGUUAAAACAUUUUAAUAAAUUUUUCGUUUUUCUUUUCUAGUAAAACUUGGAAUGUUAUGUGUCACUGAGCAAUCUGCUCGGUGUUCUCUUGCAGUGUUUGCAUUCCCUGAGAAUAUAGGCCUUGUUUGGUGAUCACAGUCUUGUGUUGAUCCUGGAUUAAGUGACGUUUCAUUGAGAAUGGAAAGAGAAUUUAUCAACAGAAUCCAUAAUCUCCCUUUGUACAAUGAAAAAGACCUUCUGUUCCCUUGCUACAAUCCUUGUCCAUGUACUUAAUAAAAGGCAGAAUCCCUAAGUGUAGCAACCUAUAUGUGUUAAAAGGCUAGAACACUAAUUUGUAUGCACAAUACAGUGUAUAUAAACUUUUUAGAAGCAGGGCUGGACUCUAAUCUAUGCCAGCCCCAUUGUGCUAAUAUAUAUAUAUUGGCAUAUUUCAUUUUCUAAUUCAAAAUAUUAGUCAUUUCAGGGUAAUUAACCCCUUAAGGACCAAACUUCUGGAAUAAAAGGGAAUCAUGACAUGUCACACAUGUCAUGUGUCCUUAAGGGGUUAAAUUACACAGUUAAAGGACCACUAUAGUGCCAUGAAAACAUACUCGUGCUCCCACCCUCAGGGUCCCACUCCCGCCGGGCUCUGGGGAGAGGAAGGGGUUAAAAUCUUACCUUUCUCCAGCGCUGGACGGGGAGCUCUCCUCCUCCUCUUCGGCUGAAUGCGCAUGAGCAGCAGGAACUGCGCGUGCAUUCAGCAGGUCUCAUAGGAAAGCAUUCAUAAUGCUUUCCUAUGGACGCUUGCGUCUUCUCACUGUGAUUUUCACAGUGAGAAGCACGCAAACGCCUCUAGCGGCUGUCAAUGAGACAGCCACUAGAGGCUUUAGAGGUUGGAUUAACCCAUUUAUAAACAUAGCAGUUUCUCUGAAACUGCUAUGUUUAUAAAAAAAAAAGGGUUAACCCUAGCUGGACCAGGCACCCAGACCACUUCAUUAAGCUGAAGUGGUCUGGGUGCCUAGAAGUGGUCCUUUAAGCUUACUCAUAUGCAGACACAGACAAUCUCACCAACACAAGCUCAUUGAUACACAGGCUCACAGACAAUCCCAUUGAUAUACAUAAGCUCAUUGACAAAAACACAAGUUCACUGAUGCACACAUAUAGGUUGACUGACAGACAAUCUCAAUGACACACAAGCUUAUUACAGACAAUCUCACUGACGCACACACGCUCACUACAGACAAGCCAUUGAUAGACACAUGCUCCCUACAGAAGAGCUUAGUAACACACAGAAUCACUACAGACAAGCUCACUGACACACACAUGGUCACUACAGAUAAGCUCACGGUCACACAUAUGCUUACUACAGACAAGCUCACUGCACACACAUGCUCACCACAGACAAGCUUACUGGCACACUCAUGCUCCCUACAGACAAGCUCACUGACACAUAUACAAGCUCACUCCCUAGCAGACACACACACAAGCUCCCUCACUAGCACACACACAAACCCCCUCACUAGCAGAUGCACGGCGCGCACACACACAGACGCUCACUCACUAGCAGGCACACACACACACAAACUCACUAGCAGAUGCGCGCGCACACACACAGAAGCUCACUCACUAGCAGAUGCACACAAACACAGAAGCUCAAGCUUAUUAGUAAAAAUAUGAAUAAAGGUCAGGGUGAAUUUAAUUUAAAGGAGCACUAUAGGGUCAGGAACACAAACAUGUAUUCCUGACCCUAUAGGGUUAAAAUCACCAUCUAGACACCCUGGUCCCCUUAUGCCUCCCUAAAUAUAGUAAAAUCUUACUUGUAUUCAAGUCUGCAGCUGCUUACUUUGUUCCUUUUUACUUUUGACCUGUCUGCUGACAUCAGGUAGGGUGGAUGGACUUUUUACUUUAGACCUGCCCACUGCCUGCUGACAUCAGAUAGGGUGGAUGGACUUUUUCUUAGAAGUGGGACAUCUUAAUCAUUUUUAGCUACAAGUGUUAUAUAAUCUAUUAUGGAUGAGGGAAGGUGCACAUAUUGAAUUGAAGUUAAUUAGUGAUUUUAAUUAAUUAGUGAUGACAAAGGUUAUAUUUUAACGAUUCCUUAUGUGCCAUUUUUUUUAUUACUUCUCCUUGUUUUCAUUCAGUGGUUGAUAUGAAAUCUGUAUCAGCCAUACAGAUAAGCAAGUUCUCUAUUUUGUAAUAACCUAACCCUAUAUGUUUAAUAAAUAAUUAAAGACACUAGACAACUCUCAAGAUCUUGUCAGUAUUGAUAUGAUCAAUAAGACCAGAUUGAUAAGACAUUGUUCACAACCUGGACUUUUGCAUCCAAGAUUUGAUUUAGCAAAAACAAGAAAGCAAGACAUUCGGUUAGGUAGAAUAUUGGUAAGACUGCGCGAAUAUUCUCUGUAACUCAUUGUAGACCGUAUUAGCAUCCAAUCACAAUGCUUACCCAUAGGAUUGGCUGAGACUGACAAAGAGGCAGAUCAGGGGCAGAGCCAGCACAAUUCAAACACAGCCCUGGCCAAUCAGCAUCUCCUCAUAGAGAUGAAUUGAAACACUGAAUUUCUAUGAGGAAAGUUCAGUGUCUGCAUGCAGAGGGAGGAGAUACUGAAUGUUUGGAUGCAUUUUAGGCAGCAAUGACCCAGGAAGGAUCUCUAACAGACAUCUUAAAAGUGGCCAGUGAAGUUAUCACUAGGCUGUAAUGUAAACACUGCACUCUGAAAAGAUAGUGUUUACAGGAAAAAGGUAAUGAUUCUACUCACCAGAACAAAUUCAAUAAGCUGUAGUUUUUCUAGUGACUCUAGUGUCAUAGUGUAAAUAAAGUCUUGGUUUAAAUUGUUCUUUUUAAAAAUAAAAACUCAUUCUUCUUGUUUUUUUUUUACAAUCUUUAAUAUUUGCAACCAGAUGGAUUUUCAUAUUUAGAAUAAUAACUCUUCAUAUUUUAAUAGUUACAUCAGAACUGAUUUUAGAUAAUUAUGAAGUUAUUGCAAGGUGAACUGACUCCAGUUUAACAGUGCAAUAACUCAUGUUUGAAGAACAAUUUCAAUUUAACAUGCUCAUUGUGUGUAGAUUUGCAGAGUAACAAUGAACUUAAAGGGGCUCUCCAGUGCCAGGAAAAGAAACAGUUUUCCUGGCACUGCAGGUCCCCUCUCCCUCCCACCCCCCAUCCCAAGUUGCUGAAGGGGUUAAAACCCCUUCAGUGACUUAUCUGUCCCUCGGCACUGGUUCAGGGACUGCCCACGCUCCUCCCCUGCCGUCAUCCGGCGGUGGGGACCUAUUGAGCAUGCUCUGCCACCAGCGGGGGAGACCUAAUGCGCAGCAAUGCAGUGCACGCGCAUUAGACCCCCCCAUAGGAAAGCAUUGAAAAAUGCUUUCAAUGCUUUCCUAUGGGAAUUUUAGCGACACUGGAGGUCCUCACAUAGCGUGAGGACGUCCAGCGACGCUAUAGCACACUUUUCAUGCGCUAUAAACACGGAAGUGCCCUCUAGUGGCUGUCUAGUAGACAGCCACUAGAGGAGGAGUUAACCCUGCAAGGUAAAUAUUGCAAUUUAUGAAAACUGCAAUAAUUACACUUGUAGGGUUAAGGGUGGUGGGAGUUGGCACCCAGACCACUCCAAUGGGCAGAAGUGGUCUGGGUGCCUGGAGUGUCCCUUUAAAGGAAGACUCCACACACACAAAGUCCAUGUGAAAUUGGUUCUUUUCCAAGGUAAUUAAGAAAUGUAUCUUCAUCUGUCAGUCAAACAGCCAAGGUUUUUUUUCCCUACUUCCAUUGAUUACUUCCUGCCAUCUCCCCAAAUGUAAAAUUAUCCUGCAACUUUAUUUUUAUUUUCUGUUUCUCAUAUUUUUCUGUAUCUGCAUGUGUUCACGGAUCUAUAGUCCAUCCUGCAUCCUUCCUGCCCAAGUCUGGAGAGUGCUUGCCCUUGUAGGACUUCUCAUUGAGCUGUCUAUGAAUUGAAAAGCAACAUGGGUGAGAAAGCAUUUCACAAUCAGAAGCUUCUCAUUGAGAGCAUCUCAUUGGUCAUUUCCAUGGAGCAUGGAGAGGGCUCGCAAAGGCUGCAGUCAUAAGAAAUGCAGCUAUUGCAAGCCGUGUUGAAAUAUACCCCGAAUAAAAAAAUGUAAAAAAAAAAAUUAAAUACACGCAUGCUUACAUUUGAUAUAUAUAUCUUCUAAAUAACAUUUUUUUAUAUUUUUUUAAGUUUUUUUUUUUUUUUUUUAAAUGUGCAUUGAUCCUUUAAGGUCUUUUUCUGAAAUGUGUAUAUGUAUGUUACCUCUGCAGACGCAAGUUCAAUUAAUUUGGAUUAAUGAAAUUCCUUAAUCAAAAAAUUUAAAUAUUGCAUGAAUAUAAAACCCCAUGCUACAUAAUUAAUCUAUAUUUCACGGUGAAUACACUUUGGAUUACUAUGUAUCUUAAAUAGAAGCCUAUGUUUUAGAUGUUUAUUUUAUUCAAAGAAAUAUGAUUUAUAUAUAUAUAUAUAUAUAUAUAUAUAUAUAUAGAUAUGUUUGUUUUAUCCAUACUGGCAAAAGGGGCAAAUAAUUGGAUGUAUUAGAUGUACGCUAAGAGUCUGCAGUACGUGGUAAUGCUGUUUUAAAACACCGAAGACACAAAGCACAUAAUUUUCAGAUUUUUUUAGUGCUAUUUCAUCUGAACCUAUCAAUAGUAAUAUAUUAUUAUUAUUAUUAUUAUUAUUAUUAUUAUAUAUGUAGCUUAACAGCUCUUGCAGUGAGUAUUUUUCUUUGCUUAAUGUAGUGGUUCCAGUUCAGAGAGGCAAUGUUUCCAUUGUUUUCUAAGGCCAGACUUACUCAGAUAACCACUAGAGGCCCUUCCUGGUGUGGCCCUGCAAUUUUUGUAGGAUGGACAUUCAGCAUCCUCUUGCUCUGCUUGACGAUUCAGUAUGAGACUAAUUGAGCCAAAUUAUCUGUAUGAGGAGAUGCUGUUUGGCGUAGUGUGGCAAUUGCGAUGCAUAUACCUUAACAUCUAGUGCUUCCCUGUAGAAUCUCAGCCGGGUAGAGUGGCAGCCACGGCAGGCGUUUUAUAGAAAUGAUUUUGAUAUUUACAACCAAAGAUUAUUCCUUUCUAUUAACUAAGAAAGUGUUUAACAUUUCUGACUUUUUCUGAUCCACAGUUACUAAUACACCCAUGUCUGACUUUUAUUUUUGAGGUUUUAGAAUGUAUGAACUUUUUAGGGUUUAAUUUUAUUUUGCUAUUUGUUCUCCAUUUUUCAACUUCUAUGUAUGACCCAUCUAAUUACCCUUUUGUAAAUAUUGUUGCAAUUACAUAGCACAGUAGAUCACAAUGGUCUGAGUCACUGGUAUUCUCAAUCAAAAAUGACUAUGCUCUGCAUUACUGGACAUCAGCAAGAUUGAAUAAUUUAAUUUGUAUCAGAAAUUGUUUGUCUGACUGCCACCAGUAGGCAUAGGCAUAAUGUAAACAGUGAUGUUUUUCAGAAACCACACUGUUUUCUUUUACUAGGCUUUUGAGGAAAGUUGUAUGCACCUAAAUAACUUAAGAUAAAAUUAUUUGGGUUCUUAGACUGUCCCCUUAACAUUAGUCUGUGAGCUGUGUUGUCAGCACAGAACAUUAGUAUUCUGCACAGGAGUAGAAACUGCUAGAUUAUAUGAUUGUGCAUACACAAUGCCAGGCCUCACAGGCAGUGUCUACUGCACAUGCUGAUGUAUACAGCAACCACCUGUUUAGCAGUGGAAUUAAAAUAAAUUGGCAAAUAAGUCUUGGAUAGUUGUAUCAUUAUAUUUUAUUAAUGAGAGACUUUUGGAUUACAUGUGAAGAAAUCUGUUAAUAAAGCUAAAUGGUUAAAUGAUAUCUUAAACUGUGUUCCUGUCUCAUUUAAAGGUUGCACUGGUAAGACAGAAGAAUGAAUAUAUCAAUGACAAACCAUUUGGAAAGAAGGACUGGCAUGACUAUGAGCAGAUUAGAAAAGAUCAUGAAAAAACAGGUAAUCUUAACAUUUUGUCAGUAAUGCUAGUUAUAUAUUUGGUUUACUUUCCAUCACUUCAUCGAAGUUGCAUUGCUAAUACAUUUUCAUUGUAUAAAUCAGUUUAAAAAUAUUCCCAGCAGAUUAAUUUUAUUUUCAUGUCUCAAGCUGGUUUGAGUUUUGUUCUAAUUAACAUUUGAAAAGCUGGAAAAUGUUGAUGUGGUGACGGCCAGUACACUUUUCAAACCCUUACAGACUUAUUCUCUGAAGUGAGAAUUGCCAGGUGAAAUUAAUGUGAAUUUAAAAUUUAAGGCGAACGUGGCAAAACUAAAAACAGAGUUGACUUUUUUUUUUUUUUUUACAAUAUUUUUUCUAAUCAGCUAUUUUGGCCCUAAUAUUGAAAUCGGCUUUAAUUCCUCUGAACUCACAUCAAUUGUCACUUGAGUGAAUAACCCUGUAGAUGAUUAUUAUGAUAAAAUAACGAAAGCAGCUUUGUCAAAGUUUGUAGUGUUGGCAUAAUUUGCUACUCCAAUGGGUGUCUGGUGGCCACGAUGUGCAAGGGAAGGUGAGUUAUAUUUGCCUAGACCUGUCCCUCUAGGACGCCACUAUUGUUUUCAUUCUGGACUUCUUCAGCUCCUAGCAGCUGAGCCCACAUCAGUGUUGUAUUCUCACGCAUGCUCAAGAAUACAAUGCUGUGGUUUAUAGAUAAUCCCACAAGACCACAGGUUCCUCCAUAGACAGAGCCUUUUUCUCUGCAGCCGUCACUGGUGACAGUAGGGUGAAAUUACAAAACUUGACAAAAUUCUUUGGUCCUUUUUUUUUUUUUUUUUGGCAAGUGUGUGAAAUAUACUCAGAUCAAGUGAAAUUCCAAAAACAUCAAUGUGAGUAUUUCAUAAAGUUUUUAUCUUUAGGUAAAACUAAUUUGUGGGACAGGUGGUGACAGUGUCGCUCUAAAAUUAUUUGAAUAUAGCCAUUUCAAUUUGCACUACACCAAGCAUGUCAAACUGGUGUUAUAGCAGAGUAGGCACAGUAUGUGUGUGUGUCUGUGUCAGAUCAGAUUUGGCAUAGGGUACAGUGGUUUAGUAGAGUGGGGGGACUGGGAUUUAGUAGAGGGUGAUGCUGUUUUUUUUUAAUAUACUGUACUUUUUAAAAUAAACCUACGUUUCUAUGAAGAUUUAAGGUAUUUUUUUUUUUUUUUGCGGCCCACAUAAACUUAAACCUUGUUUAUGUGGCCGGUGCCAGACUUUGAGUUUGACAUGCAUGCACUACACUGUUGGGAUGUGAUUAAACUUCCAAUGAAAUCUGAAGAUGUCAGGCAUAGAGGAUACUGGGUCUUUAGAGCAAGAUGAUGUUUGGUUUUGCAAUUUAUGGGUUUUAAAACGUGAAUGUGUACCAGCAAUGCAUACAGUAGUACAUUGCAGUAUUACUUGUAGCUGUAAUAUAUAUGUAACAUACAAUUGUAAGUCAGAAUAUUAAGGUAAAUGUCCAUCUUUUGCACAGCUCAGUAUUGCUGUAGUCUGUCUCUGGUGACCUGAUUGUUUCUUCAAGUAAUGAAGUUGUUUCAUUUUAGGAAAUGGUGAACAGGGCAAGCCUUUUCAAAUGACAGAUGCAGAUCGUGUAGACCAGGCAUACAGGGAAAAUGGAUUCAAUAUAUACGUCAGCGACAAAAUCUCUUUUAAUAGAUCCAUUCCAGAUAUCCGGCAUCCCAAGUAAGUAUGCUCUGUAAUUUGGACAACUGUUUAUUAAGUGGAGGCAGAUAUUUUAUUUAAAAUACCACUGGAAUAAGGAAUCCUGCCACAUUCGUAAAUCAGCUGUGGCAUUGGUAUCCAGAGAAACCAUUCUGUCCUCGGAGGGCGGGUUAGAUAAUAGACAUAAAAGCCUAGAAAUAAAAGACCUGCCAUGUGGGAUGAUUCUCAUGGCAAAAUUCAACGAUCCCAACAAUGACUGUAACUCCUUCCGACUACAACAACCUUGUCGCAAGUAGUCACCAAUGUCUGUUAGUAUACGUUGAAUCUUGUCAUGCGGCAAGCUGGCCUCCAUGGCCACUGAGUCCAGUUCAAUACCCAGAAAGUUGACCAUAGUAUCUGGACCUAUAGUUUUGGAGAGGGAAACAGGGACCCCCAACCUCCCAAACAGCUGGGCCUGCCAAGCGUAUCCUUUAUUACUCUCUCUGAUCUUACAGGCACACCAGGGUUUUGUUGCACUGCAACCGAGGUGUCAGCGGGACAAAAGUUGGUACUGUGGAAGGUAGAUGAACACAAGGCACAAGCUGGCAUCCUGAGGCCGGCGAAAUGCCUGCAAAACAACUCUGUAUCCAGCCUACUCCAAGUAAUCACUGUAUUAAACUGGGCCAGAGUUGCUGCCACCUUAGCUGAAAAAGACCUAUGGUAAUCAUAGAAAGCAUAUCCGCCGUACUUGUGUCCCAAGUCAACCAGCUUGUGCAUGUAUGUAUCCAAUUCUUCUCUUCUCUGAGGAGAAUUGGUACAUACUACAUCUCUGUAAAUCCCAAAUUCCAGUACAAACUCUGGAACAGUCAGUUUUUUAUUGAGCCUGGGAUCCCUGGCUUUGAGGACUACUGAUAGAUCCCCAUAAGCAUAGGUCUUGUUCUCCACUAUAUCCUGGGAAGCAAUGAGGAGUGAUAUAAGAUUCACGUCCUUAACCCUCCAGGAUAUUUUUACGUAGCUGAAGGGGCGCCAUGUGGGCAGGUGUGAUCAUUAGUGUAUCUGUGAUACCGGAGCCACAACAUUACCCUGUAAGAUUGCCGUAGCGGCCGCUAGGGACAUGACAUUGGUCAAAGGUGGGUCAGUUGUUGUAUGGCCCGCCUCCAGUCUAUCAAUCCUAUCCCUGAUCUGGCCCAUGGAGGAGAGGAGAGUGUCCAUCAUGGUUUGUAAGUCAGGCAUGUUCCUGGUGCCACUCGACCCUUCCCCAGCUCCGGUGUUAUCGGUGUUCAUAUACAUUAAUCUGAACAAUUCCGCCUUCCUGGCAGUAGCCAGGAAUGGAAUGCUCCUCCUUCGUAGUUCAGCCUGUAUGCGCGGAAUGGUCCAUAACCUAAUUGAUGAUGGACUGACAGAUUCUCAUCCUCUGGAAGGUGAACCAGACCGAGCUGGGGAGUGAGGGAGUGAAAGUUCGUCUCCACCUUCUGGAGCUUGAGACAUACUAAAAAGGAAAAUUGAGAUUUAAAAUAUUUACAUGUAGGUACUGGCUGCUGACUAGUGCCAAGUGGCAAAGAAAUUUGCUUCAUUGGUGAUAGGUGAGGCCCUACUAGUGCCAAGCGGCUUGAGAGGCUCUAACUAUGCAUUGGGCUGAGGGUUAUACCACGGAACGUAGUGGUAGGGUGUUGGCCUCUCUGUGAGUAGUAGAAGAAAAAUAGAAUUGGCCGUGACAGGUGAGUCCCCCUCUAUGCAACAUGCGAGGCGGCUAGCUAUGCGUUGGACCGAAGGACGAAUACCUCAGAGUAUGAGGAUGGGUGUUGGGCUUGCGGGACCACUAAUAUAAGGCAUAGAGGCCUAUAGAAACUAAAUAUGGCUCCUAUUGCCCUGAAAAGCCAUAACUUACUCGCUAGGGGACUGAGAAAAAGGAAAACGUGUAGGUUUCUCUGGUUUGUAUACGUGAUGUCGGAGAACGUACCUGUAAGACUUGUAGCUUAAGUGCGUAAGCCAAGUCUGGAAGGAUCCCUGAUAAUUCGUGCCCCUAAAGUACGUGGAAGGGAAAAUAAAACUAAGGCACUGAGUCUUUGGAACGUACGUAGUCAAAAGAAUGAUGCCUACCUGUCAAGUUUGUCAAGAAUGAAAAUUUUAGAAAUCUUCAGCCAGGUUAAUAGUCGUGGUAAAUCUAGAUGUGUCUGUGCGCCAAUGCUAGUCUAUAAAAUAUGCAACAUGGAUACUAUAAGAUGCACGUAUCUUUGAUCCUCAGUAUAUGACAGAAUGAUAUGGCUUGUUUUGCGAAACUAAAAGUGACUUCUAGCAUUUAAUGCAAGUAUAUUGGUAUAUAGGUCCAUGCAACAUAAGUCUGGUAUGAGUAGUGUGACCACUUGGUGUUCCUUUAAUUAGUUAACACCCUUCUGACGUUGCCGCUAACGUGAUUAUUUAUACAACAAUAUUUAAUUGACCGUUGAUCCCUUAGCUUUGAAAACUAAUAUCCGGGAUGUAACCGCUAUAUACCGUGACCAUAGUAAUCGUGAACCGUUAUUUGUCGUAAUUUUUUAACAUUUCAGUGACAUCUUAAUACCAGAUACUGUGAAGCUGUUGUACUUAAGUAUGGAAUGCUUUGUCAUAGGAGUCAUAUCAUAAAUGUACACAUACCCUGUUAUAACCAGCAGAACAUAAAUUGUACUUGAAUGGUAAAUUUUUUUGAUAGAAGCAGCUUAUAACCUAUUUUAACAGAAAGCAACAAAGUAACUAUGAUGAAACUGAAUCUGUGUGAAAAAUACAUAUUGCCUAGGUAAACAACCGACAUGAAAAUAAGAAUAAACCAGGUGUUUCUCUGUUCCUUCUGACUUAAUGUAGUCAGGAUCUAUCCCACCAAUCUUUGCAUAAUACAUAAAAUACCCCCCGCACAAGUGGCAAUCAGAUGGCAUAACUGACCAACCCCACGUAGAAUAAAAGUCACUAUAAUCUAAAAUUUCUCCCCAAGGGAGCACAUAUAAGGAGAUAUUUGUUAAGUCCAUUAAGGGUUAAUAUCGGAUGCAAGUACGAUGCAAAAGUAAGUAACUUUCCCUCCCCUUUGAGCCGAGUGUGCUCUUGCCGAACGGGAUAUGUUUGUCCUGCACGAGAGCGGCCUGAUCCGAACAAGCAUGUCCGGGGGGGCCCCCGACGUAUUACAACUCUCUGUACUGCAGAAAGAAGAAAGUCCGGUCAGGUAGCUAGGCUUCUAACGCGUCCCUUGCAUCUGUUUGCACACUGGAGAAUACCCGGAAGUGACGUAACGCUCAAACCGGAACGAAAGCCUAGGAGGAGUAUAGGGCCGAGGAUGAGUAUUUAUAUCAGCACUGGCCCCUCCCACAACUCCAGGCUCCGCUUUUACACACACACACACACACACACACACACACACACACAUAUACACACACGUGACAGAAUAUUGAGUAUUUUGAAAAGUGUGUGUGUGUGUCAGAAUAUUGAGUAUUUUGAAAACUGAGUUUAAAUAUGUAUCAUGGACCAAUAAUCUUCCCCACAUCUUAGAUGUGGUACAAAAUUGUAGGAACAUGAAUCCAAUGCAGGUUUUUACAGUGUAACCCUACAUUCCUAAAGUGCUCCUAAACAGCUGUAGUUAAUUGAUAAUGAGUAUUUGUUAAAUGGUGUAUCCUGUGGCUGUUAGAUUAAACCUGUGUGUGUGUGUGUGUGUGUGUGUGUAUGUAUAUAUAUAUAUGUAUUAAGGCAAUUUGCCUGCAUUUGUGGGAGGUGCUGGUUUUCUAACCCUAGCCUACUUAAGGCACUCCCCUUGCCUGGCUCCUUACCGUUCGAGGUCAGCGUUGAAUGAGGAUCCACUUCCGGGUUCUCUCAGACGCCAUCUUGGUUUCAGUAUCCAGGAGGUUUCACCACGUUAAGCUGUGUCCAGGAAUCCUGUUCAGGCCUUUCCGCCCGUCCAGCUUCUUCUGACUCCGUUCUCCGUCGUAGAUCGCGUCCCAGGGACUCCUAAACCGUAAGUCAGACCUUCCUGUCACGCCAGGACUGGUUCCCACGGCGUACGGUACAGCACGGGUCCUCGCUUUACGGCUUUUCCCUGGUUAUGACACGAAUGUUUCAAGCCAUUCGCGGGCUUUUCAUUCGUACGGUCAUUCGGCUGAACAUGUUUUAAAUCGUUCAAUAGUCAUUUCGCAUAUCCUAUUCAUGUUAUUUAAACGAAUGUUCAUUCGGUUGUUUUGCCGUUCGGCAAAUUUUACAUACGCUCAUACACGCUUUGGUUCGCAUAAAUCAUACGGUUAAACUAUUCUAACUUCUGUGUUCCCCUCACAUUUGCUUUCGGCUGUUCUGUGUGUUCACGUAUAAUCCUUUCAUGAAUUAUAUUCACCAUUUCAUGUGUAUAUAACAUUCGGUUAAAGUAUUGCUUGCUUAAAUAGAUUAUUGUUGAUUACUUUUAACAAUUGUCAGUAUUGUAUUACGUCCACAAAUCAAGUCCACUUCUCUGUGUAUACCAUUUGACUCCCACGCUUUCAGGGGUCUGCAUUACUUAUCCAUUUAUACGAAUGGACUCAGCCUAUGUUACAAGCCUCAUUUCUGGGUUAUUAAUACAACAUAUACAAGGAUAGGUUCAUUUAAGCAAUAAUUCUCGGGUUGAUACGUCUUUGCUAUACAUACAUAUCAUAUAGAUAUACAUCACUUUACAUCAUGUUAAAUUAUUUUGGGGUAUCCCUGCCUUUGGUCUUUCUGCUACAUAUCAUACAUAACGCUGUGUUAAUUAGGCCAUGACCUCAUCCAUGUCCCUUUCUAUAAAACCAGUUACAUUUCGGUACAGAUCAUUGAACUCCCACGCCAGGAGUUUUAUAACUAUCCAUUUCAUUUCAAUUUACUCAACCUACAUUACAGGCCUCAUUUCUCUGUCAUGACGAUGACACAUAAGGCUUAAAUCCUUUUGCAUGCAUACUCGGGUUGAAUCACACGUACUGAUCCAACCAAUCAUACGUCCCCUACACAGUCAUAUACAUAUGUAUAUAACCUACGUUUCAUGUUUUCCUUUACACACCAUUAUCACGUAACACAUAGAUUGUUUGUACAUAGGCCACGGCCUCCCUCAGAUGUCUUAUUCAAGCAUGCAAACAUUUCUGAGCCACUCAUAGCUAUUCCCAUGGUAUCAACAUAAUUUUAUACAUUGCUGCUACAGACUAUAAGUCUGGUUCUUUUACACUCCACACUCAUCAUACUACUCUCUUUUACCCAUUUUUAGGCUGUCAAGCUUAUAUAAUUGCUCCACACGGUUUAUUCCUGUGAUUUAUCAUACUACCAGGUACGUACACCUGCUCAUAUGGUAUUCUACCAUACAUUUCAUUUCAUCCCCCUAGUUUAGAGUACUGGCAAUAGGGUCACAGGAUUCCCAAUAGGUAUUUACCCCAUCUUGGCUGUCGCCAUUAGUUAGUGGUCCCGCGAGGCCAACACCCCGCCUCAAACGUUUCGGAGGCAAACACCCAUCGGGCCACACGUUAGCUAGCCGCCUCGCAUGUUGCAAAGAGAGGGCCUCACCUGUCACUCCCUUCCCCUGUUUUCUGUCGUACAGUCACCGAGAGGCCUAAAACUCCUGCCACUACGUCAAGUGGCCUCAAUAACCCCUCGCGCCAACGCAUAGAUAGAGCCUCUCAAGCCGCUUGGCAAUUAGUAGGGCCUCACCUGUCACCAAACAAGCAUAAUACUUUCGCCAUCCGGCCUAGCUAGCCUGCCAGUACAAUUUGGUGGUUCUAUAUACUAAUUAUUGUUUUAUUUAUAGUAUGUCUCAGGAAGGGGUAGAGGAUUUCUCCCUGCCUAGCACCCCGGCUAGAGCUGUCACUCCCACACAAGGAGGAGAGCUAGCUAGUCCAGCAUCAAUUAGAUCCUGGACAAUCCCGCGCAUAACCACGGAAUUAAGGAGACGACAAAUCCCCUACCCCGCUACAGCAAGGAAGGCAGAACUUUUCAAACUGCUACGCACAUCAACCAAUAACAUGGAAGCCGGGGAAGGAUCUAGCCAGUCCAACCCAGGGGACAUACAUGCCAUGUUAUCCUCACUCAUGGCAUCCAUGGGCAAGGUCAACUCCAGGCUGGAGAAACUUGAGUCGGUCACCACGGCCCUCACUCUAGCAGGGCCACCCGCGGCUGCGGUACAAACACCAGCCUUGCCAUUAGUCGCUCCAGCCAGCCCCCUGGAUGACCAGGAAGUUAGCCCGGCCCACAUGAUACCUGAGCAUAUCAAAAGGGAUAUCCUGGAAGGUAAAGACGUCAACCUGGCUUCCCUGUUGAUUGCCUCCCAGGACAUUGUGGAACAUAAGACGUAUGCUUAUGAUGAUGUUUCUGUUAUUGUCAGAUCUAGGGAUGCCCGCCUGAACAGGAAACUGACUAUCCCUGAAUUUGUACUAGCGUUUGGUAUUUACAGGGAUGUCGUCUGUGCGGUUUAUCCCAACAGAAGAGAGGAGUUUGAUCUCUAUAUGCACAAGCUGGUAGACCUGGGCAACAAAUAUGGUGGUUCAGCAUUCUAUGACUACCAUAGGUCUUUUUCUGCAAAAGUGGCUGGAGCCUUCUCCCAGUACGGUACACGAUCCAACUGGGGAAGGAUUGAUACCGUCUUAUUCUGCAGACACUUUGCAGGUCUAAGAACACCAGCUUGUGCAUACUGCUCCUCCACAGCCCAUACUACUAAUUUUUGUCCCAACACGGCAGACGGACAUGCCUCCACACAAGGAACUAGUUCCUCUGGGGAUCCAGGGAAACUAUCCAAAGACAAAUUGGGACGCCCAAUCAAGUUUCUGGGCAAGUCCCAGAUAUGUAAUAAUUUCAAUGUUGGGUCUUGUAAUUACAGUGGAUGUAGACUAUUGCAUGUCUGUUCAAAAUGUUUUAGGGCACAUGCUAAGACCAUGUGUCCAAAUAAAAUGUAUUCUAAGCCUUACCUUACGUCCAUUAAUAUGCCAGUAUUCACAGCAUUGAUGUUUCUUAUUUCUGGUUUAACAGAAGGCUUCCACACAGGUAUCCUACACAUACCAGCUGGCACUCUGGAAUGCCCAAACCUACAAUCCGCCCAACACAACCCCACAGUGGUUGACACCCUCAUAAACCAAGAAGUGGAGGAGGGCUUUGUAUUGGGGCCUUUUAGAACUCCCCCAUUCACAGAAUGGCGCACCAACCCUAUUGGUAUUGUCACAGGGAAAUCUUCCCAAAAACAGAGACUCAUCAUUGACUUAUCGGCUCCCCACUCAUCGGCCAACCCCAGUCUUAAUUCCCUCAUACCCUCUGAGGAAUUCUCUCUGCAAUACACCACCAUAGAUCACGCCAUUACAGCCAUCAUACAAGCAGGGGUGGGAGCCUGGCUCAGUAAGACCGACAUUACUAACGCCUUCAAAUUACUCCCUAUCCACCCCACACUGUGGCACCUGCAUGGCAUCAAGUGGUCCGAGAACUACUAUUUUUUCUCCCGGUUAACUUUUGGGUCCAAAAGUAGCCCAGCUAUUUUCGACACAUUUGCCGAAGCACUAUGCUGGUUACUAUUGAACAUAGCCGGAUGCCCUACAGUAUUACAUUACUUGGACGAUUUCCUACUGGUCGAGGAGAAUACUGCACCUCCCACUAGCCUCAAAGCUACCACUAAGCUGUUUGAGCAACUAGGUGUACCCAUCUCCCCAAAGAAAACAGAAGGGCCAGACACGGUUAUCACUUUUCUGGGUAUCCAGUUAGACUCUGCCACAAUGCAAGCAAGCCUACCUUACGAAAAGAUAGACAAUAUUCUCACUUACAUAAACAACUACCUACAGCUCGGCACUUGCAACCGCAAAGAACUACAGUCCCUGCUGGGGUCACUAAAUUUUGCAAUGCGCAUCAUACCUCAAGGCCGCUCCUUUAUUUCACGACUAUUGCAUCUUUUCCCACUUUUUCUACAUGACACGCACAGGUUGUCCUUAGAUGCCCAAGCUAUGGCAGAUCUAAACAUGUGGAAGAGGUUUUUAACCACUUGGAAUGGUAAAAGUAUGUUCCUCCCUCAAUUGACUGAAUCAUCUCCUACCAUUUGGUCAGAUGCGGCAUCUACCACUGGUUUUGCAGCAAUUUUUGGGAACGAAUGGCUUUGGGGCAGCUGGCCUUCAGCAGUUCUGGAUUUGGAAGGUUUUUACACUACCUCAGCUCUUUUUGAGAUCUACCCCAUAGUGGCGGCUGCCGUAGCGUGGGGUCAUUUAUGGGCUAAUACGCCAGUGCGUUGUUACUCAGACAACCAGGCGACCUGUCACAUCAUCAACAAAGGUCGUUCCAAAUCUCUUACGAUUAUGAGAUUUCUGAGGAAACUCACUUGGUUGGCAGCUUGUCAUAAUUUCUUCCUAUGUUGUUUCCAUGUGCCAGGUGUAUACAACACAGCUGCUGACAGUUUGUCUCGCUUUAAAUUUCAGGAGUUUCAUCAAGCACUCCCGUCAGCAGCACCCACAGCCACCAUCACUCCAACAUUUCAACAACUCAUACUGGACUAGACGUCAUCAUGCAGCAUAGCAGGACAUUGUCUCAGUUGGCACUUUCACACAAUACAAACAAAACAUACAACAGGGCUUUCACACUAUUCAAACGAUUCCUUCUGGAACAUAACAUCAUACAACCGUUUGUUAUGACAUCUUUUUGGGGUUUGCUUCCUUUUGCCACCUUAAACUCAAAUUGUCAUAUAACACCAUCAAACUCUAUCUCACUGGCAUUCAACACCACAUGCUCAUCUUACACCCAAAUAACAACAGUUUCAUGGCCUCUCACCAAAUUAAGACCAUACUCAGAGGUAUUCAAAAAAUCAGAACCCACACAUUUGGCCCAGAGGCUACCCAUAGAUAACCAUAUCUUCAAAGCUUUAUCUAACCUACUCGACCUGAAACCGUUUGACACUAAUACGAAUUCUAUCAUCAAAACAGCAAUAUACAUCGCUUUCUAUGGAUUUCUACGACCCAGAGAAUUCACUACGACCUCCACGACCCAAACCACUCCAUUCCUCCUCUAUUCCCACUUGACAAAACAUAUGGAUCAUUACAUCCUGUCUUUACCUCACUCCAAAACCAGCCAGCACAUACCUGUAAACAUUCCGUACUACCCCACGCACAACAGAUGGUGUCCCGUAAAAGUUCUUGAUGCCUACAUACAGCACCAUCACUUACUGCCCUCGCAACCGUUAUUACAACUACAAGGUGCAGUACUCACCACUACAACCUUCAUGACCUACGUCAGGUCCUUGCUCACACAACUGGGCCUCAACGCAAACAAUUACUCAGGACACUCCUUUCGUAUAGGAGCCGCGUCCACAGCCUCCAGUUUCAACGUCCCAACUCAUGUUAUCAAAACACUGGGGCGCUGGAAGUCAUCCGCUUACUCACGGUACAUACCGAACCCAGUACAAGAGUUAAGAGAUGCUUUCAUAAACAUGUCUGGUUGAUAAAUGUAUAUGUAUUGGUUGUCUGUUAAUAAAUUGGAUUACUUAAUUUUUGCCCUCUUCUUUCUCAGGCCUACCUCAUCGUCGGUUUCGGCACACCACAACCGACUUGCUCCUUUUAUCAUCCUACGCUUAUUCAUGGUAUUUCACACUGUACUAUCUUAAGCACCUAACACAAGUAUUAAGGCAAUUUGCCUGCAUUUGUGGGAGGUGCUGGUUUUCUACCCCUAGCCUACUUAAGGCACUCCCCUUGCCUGGCUCCUUACCGUUCGAGGUCAGCGUUGAAUGACCCUCCCACCACACCACUUUUAACAUUUAUUUUCCUUUCUAUUUCUUUUCCUGGGUGGGCCCUCUUCUUUCUCAGGCCUACCUCAUCGUCGGUUUCGGCACACCACAACCUACUUGCUCCUUUUAUCAUCCUACGCUUAUUCAUGGUAUUUCACACUGUACUAUCUUAAGCACCUAACACAAAUAUAUAUAUAUAUAUAUAUAUAUAUAUAUACAUACAAUAUAUAUAUAUAUAUAUAUAUAUAUAUAUAUAUAUAUAUAUAUAUAUAUAUAUAUAUAUAUAUAUAUAUUGGAUGCACUCUCUGGUCUUCCAAAGUUAUAAAGUUAUUUAUUCCAUCAAACGGUAUGUAAUAAAGUGAUCGACGUUUCAACCCAUUUGGGUCUUCCUCAAGAUGUGUGUGUAUAUAUGUGUAUAUAUAUAUAUAUAUAUAGCUUCCCGGGUGGCAUUUGCUAGUUUACCACCUUUCUUACGCAACACAAUAUAAAAAAAAAAAAACGAUAUUUGGGAAUUAGCUAAGCAUCUAUAAAGGAAAAAAAUAAACCUAACAUAGUGUAAUAUAGUUAGAUACAAUAAGACCUGUGCUUCUUAAAAUGCACUCACAGUGUGUAUGAGAGAACUGCGCCCUGGGGUGCCUCCCCUGUUAAAAGCUUUGGGCUAUCAAAUGAAUCUAAUUCAAGCACGGAGAUAAAUAUCCCAGCUUUCUGAUUUAUUGCAGACUUCAUCUGCAGCAGGAGAAACCAAAAGAAGGUGAUGGCCCCCCAACCUUUACCAGGGGAAGCACACCAAGGCACAGUUUCUCAUACACACUAUGAGUGCAUUUAAAGACGUGCAUGUCUUAUUGUAUCUAACUAUAUUACACUAUGUUUGGUUUAUUUUUUCCUUUAUAGAUGCUUAGCUGAUUCCCAAAUAUUUUUUUUAUAUUGUAUAAUAUAGCUGUGUGAUCACAAUGUCAGCAUCUUACCUUGGCUGAGAGGCCUCCACGGAGAUAACAUGGACCGAAUGUCAUACAAUUUCAGUACCUGGCUCACCAAACAAUGCAUUGGGAGUAGGAUUGUCAUUAACCCUUUAACCUCUUAUUUUUGUGUGUCUGUUUAUUUCCCUGUCAUAGAACACGGUAGGACUCUUGGACUCUAAAUCCUUUUAAAAUUAUGGAAGCAAUAGCAUAGCAGUAGUAAUGUAAUGGAUUAUUAAUGUGGUGAAUAGCAAACAUCAAUCUGACGAUUAAGCAAAGGAAGAUGUAAAACACAUUCAAAAAAGAAAAUGACUUCCAUUGUUUAAGUGUUAUGCAAAAGUAAAUAUAUAUAUUCUGUAAGGAUUUGUAAUAAAUGGCACUCAAAACGUCUUAAUAAUGAAUUCAAUAAUGAAUUCACACUUAUUUCAUUUUUUCCCUUUUGAUAUUGUAAAUCUCCAUAUGAUUGUAUCAGCAUUUUGGUACACUUUCUUUUCAGCUCUUUUUAGGAAUUUUUGCUUAAAAUAAAUUGUGAAUAUAAGAUUAUAUAGGUGUCAAAUGAUACAUUUUCCCUGCGUACAGCGGCAGUACAGUAGGGAUAUUCUUGAUCAUAUGGACAGGUAGAUUCCUUACAAAUAGUUUGAAAGAUUAGCAGUCUCACUCCUUUUGCAGGGCAUAUGUACCUGACCUUCCAGAAUUUUGGACGGUUGUAUUGACUCUCCUUAGCAGAUAAUGCUGUAGUGGGGUAGGCAUGGGAUGCUGAUUGUUUCUAUCCAUCAUUUUAAGCCACUAGGGAGGGUAGCUAUGCCUUGCUCUUUUAUUUUAUUUAUAUAAACAAGCAGGAAGAAACAAAAGUCAAUAGACUUAUAUGCAACAAUUUUCCUCUGGGCAGAAAAACAAUUAUCGGUUCUCUCAGCUACCUCUGAGAUGUAGACGACCUGAGCAGACAACAUUGGAACCAUACAGCCUAAACAUUCUCAUGUUCACUAAAACAGAUUAUGUACUUUAGUAAUAGAUUUGAAGGCCACUAGGAGCAACAGAAAAGUUCCAAGCUUCGCAUUACUCUCCAAACAGGAAAACUCAGACUCCCUUGAUGUAUUCUUAGUGCAAAGAAUUUCCAGCUAGAAUACAUUUUUACCCCCAUUAGCAGUAUUACUGAGUGUUGCAGAAGAUCCAUGUAAUUUGCCUCUGUUGUUGCGAUACCAUGUUGGUCCAACUGCAGCUGGUUCUCACACCUACUCCAGGUGACAAAGGCAGUAAAUUCCAAUAUCAGGAAGCACAUUGGAGAACAAGAGUGUGCCUAUAAAAACUCUAAAAACUUUUAAACCCCAGGCCUAGUGGUUGCAAUGAUGAUUCUACUAAGCAAAAUAAGGUUGUAAAAUUUACAUAGAAACCUACAAGAAAUUCCACUUUAAGAAUCAAUUUGCACAUUUGGAAUAAGUUCCUUAGCUGGUGUAAUAAACAUCUGGAUGCUAUGAAUCUUCCAAUUCCACUAAUUGCAGAAUUUAUUCAAGAAGGCUUUUCUCAAGGGCUCUGUUCAUCCAUACUGAAAGUGCAAGUGUACGCCCUUAGCUACUUUCUUAUGCAGGAUUUAACUUCCGGAUACUUAAUUAGAAGAUUCUUUAAGCCUAACUUGCAACUUUGUCCUCUCAAGAUUUCUCUUUUCCUACAUGGGGCUUAUCAUUGGUUUUAUACGGGAUAGACCAUUUGAGCCACUCUAAAACUGUUCUAUGAAAAAUUUGACACCCAAAACAAUAUUUUUAGUUGCAAAUACUUCAGCUAGUAGAGUAAAAAGAAUAUACUUUCAGCAGCUCUGGAAUUUUACCGUCUUUUAGUAAGACAAAGUGGUGUUAGUUCCCAGACCUUCCUUUUGCCCUUAGGUUUUGAACAAAAUCAACAUGGAUCUGGAUAUCAACUUUCUAUCAGAACCCUUCUUUACCUAAGAGAAUGUUUUCACCAUCUGGAUGUCAAGCGUGCCUUAACCAUCCAUCCUAUCUAACCCGAUCAAAAGAAUAGAGAAAGGCUUCUAAGUCUUCUGUAACUAGAUGGAUUACAAAAGCUAUUUAGAUUUCCUACAAUCCUCAAGCAGUUAUUCUUCCUGAUAAAGUUAAAGCUCAUUCCACUAGGGCUGGGCAGAAAAAAAAAAAACUUUGUGUACUCUAAAGGACAUCUGCAAAUCAAUUACAUGGUCUUGUCCUCAUUUAAUACUUUCAUCACAUGCUAAUGGCCAGACAUCUCUACAAACAGCAGUGGCUUGAAAUAUCCACCCUUCACAGGAGUGCUUGAAAUCUCCCUACUGUACUGCUGCUGUAUGCAAGGAAAAAAUCUACUCACCAUAAAUUCUUUUAUUUUCUUAGUAUCCGCAGCAGAACAUGUAUUCCAACCUUUUAGAUUUUUAUACUUUGACAUAAGAUUGAGUUGGUUUAUUUAUUUAUUUAUUUUAUUUUAUUACUGUGGUAUGACUGGCAUCCUAUGGACUGUCAGACAGCCUGCAAAGGAUGUCGGACUGCUAAUAUUUCAAACUUUCUUCAAGGAGGCUACCUGUCCAUAUAAUCAAGAAUAUCACUAUUGUCCUACUGAUGAUAUCAAGGAAAAAACAUUUUCUGGUCAGUAUCAAUAAAGUGUAAAAGUGCAGCCUAAAAGUCAGUUCCUCUUCAGAUAGUUCCAAAACAAACAUGAAAUAAAACAAAAUAUUGUCUUUGUCGCAAAAAAAUGUUUUUUCUGUAAUUCUGUUAUGAGAAAAAAUACACAUUUGUGUUUGUACAACUUAAGUCUACUAAAUUUUUAAAGGGUUGCUUUAGUUGUUAUGAUGCCAGAAGUAGCCAAGCCCAAUUUCCCGGUAAUGUGGCAAAUCAUUUUGCCAAGAUUUGUCCUCUUACCUGGUCCUGCUGGGCACCUGGUAUACUUUAGUUCUGACUGUGAUGUACAUCCAGAUACUGAGCUUGCUGGCCAUUUAUUAUCUGAGAAUGUCAGUUGAACAGUCAGCCAAUGAAGGCAAUUCUGUGCAUGUGUACUAGAAAUUAAAUGCUACUGCCCACUUGCCUUUUGAGUUCUGCAGCCAUAAUAGACAGAGGGGCUGUUGAAGGGGCAAAAGUAACAGACCAGGGGCUGGGAGGAACCAAAAACACAGUGUCUGGGGAAGGGGCAAACGAGACAAAGGCUUUAACUUAACCCAUUAGAGUUUAAUAGUGUCGAAUAAACUUACACUAAAACCAAAACAAUUCAGAUGGCUGACAUACGACUAAAAUCAAAAUGGCUUUUUAGUUAAAAGAAUAUGACUAAAACUACAUUGAAAUUUGCUGCCAAAAUUAACACUGCAUAAUACUAUGUUUUCAGCCACCAAAACAUCUAAUUUGAAAUGAAUUCUUGUUCAGGCCAUACUAUACCACUACUUUUUUUUUUUUUAUUCAUCUGUUUGAUCAAGAAUACUGUAGCUUGUUCGGCUCCACAUACAAAAGUUGAUUUAUUUCAGGAAUUAUUAUAUGUUGAGAUUAGAAAGAAAUUUUGAAUUUAUGAUAAAAAAUAAAGGUCUUCUCUCCUCUUUAAUUCUGGAAAAGAAAUCAACAUUUUCAGAAUUUUUUUUUUUUUUUUAAAUGCAAAGCAUUUUCUCUUGCAAAUGGAAAGCAGUUUUGUUACACUGGGAACAUAAAAUGUAGUGCGUAUAAAAGUAUUGUGCUUGAAAUAAAAACAGUUUAUUCUAACAUAUUAAGCUAAAUUCACUUUUUAAAACUAUUUUUUUGUUACAGUGGAACGUCAAGGUCCAGAGAGAGAGCGCACUCUUUUACAUUAGAGACACUCUACUCUACACUACAGCACUUAAGCUUGCUCAAGUGCAUUAGGGAUAUUUAGGAGGUUCCCCUUAGUCCUGUUUUAUUACUUUUUUUUUCACGAGAAGGAACUUUAAUAGAAUUGGAUCUUAGUAAGAGAGAACAACAGGAAUGCAUAUAGGGAAUGCUUCACUAUGAGAAGAAUCUGAUUGGACGAAAAAUUGCUAUCACCCAGUCAGAUUUGCAGCAAUUGCUGGCGGACGGUUUGCAUUAAAGAUAACACAGGAAUGUAGGAGUCAAGUAAUUGUUAAGAAAAAUGUUAUGAAAAUCAACCAAUGCCGUUAAAAUAUAAUUGUUUUCCAUAUACUUGUUUGUUAAGGUAUAACUGAGAGGAUGAACAAUUCAAUUACCUAUUCCAACAAUAUGGAAACCACAAGCAAAAUAAACUGAAAUCUUUUUCUCUGUAACACCCCUGUGACUGAAAUGCAUAUUUAUCUUUUCAUUUAAGAAUUGCAUCAUCAGUAAUUUCUUACAGGGUUAUUAACUAAAGUUAGAAUUAAAAAUGAAUUUCAAAUUUAAACUCAAAGUAGCUGAACAAUAAGCAUAGCUGACUUAGAGAAUGUUUCUCGUUUGGCUAUUUUUACCUUGAAUUUAAAAUUCACUUUGAAUUUUUUUUUUUAUUUUUUUUUUUUAUAUAAUUCUUUAUUUUUGUUGUGCCUUGCAAGUACAACAGGUAAGAGAAGACAAGUCAACGAAUAGCAUCAAAAAGUGUCAAAAUUUCUCCAUACAUUGCAAAGAUUACUGCACAAUUUUUAUAUAUAUUCGAAGAGUACAUGCUGCUUCCAGAACUGAAUAUCAGAUAACGUAUAGCAUGGAGUAAGUUGGUACCUAAAGUAAAAUAAAAGUUAUGAUUACAAUAGAUAUUCAUUUAUUAUGUCAUAUUUCCUAGCGUAUUGACUUAAAUCCUGUGUCUGCAUAAAAAUGAGAAAAUAAGUAAAAUGGAAAUGAUAACAGAGAUCAGCCACUGGGAGUGUAUAUAGGUUGCCAGUGUUAGUUAAACUGUUAGGUGCGACACUACUUGCACACUGGUGUUAUAUAAGUGGAGCUUAUUCGGCUCGCCAGUAUUGGCAUAGAGCUGGGCUAAGCGUUUUGUGUUUGCAUGCAUUGAUAACGUUAUACCACUGGGUUAUGGGCCUAGCGCAUCUGAUCAAGACCAAACUAUAAGUAACCAAAUAUACAAAGCUUAGCUAUUACUUCCUCAUAGAGUACCAUGUUAAUUUGCAUAGGCUAUGCUUAUGUGGGUAGCUAAGGAAACACACAGUUAUUAAAGCUUUGCUAAGUUUUAUGCGAUUAGGCUUAGGCCUGACGUGACAUUAGCACAACUAACACUAGUUUUGGUUGAGAGUAUAGUGACAAGCUUCCUAGCACUGCAGUACACUUCGUGUUCUAAAUUAUAACUUUUUUUUUAUUGUGACUUACAUAGAGUACAGCAGGAUGAAAUGCAUGGCAUAGAAACAUUUUGUACACAUGUUAGUUAGGAAGUGGCAACAACUGUGGCAGUUUUCUGCCGUUAAUUACAUGGAAACGUUUUUCGUUCAGGUAAAGACCGUUCAACUGGCGUAUGCCGAGUGCCAAUGGUUUGGUAUGACAUAUAGUAAUCAUAGAUCAGUACCCCUGAUUGUCUUGGCUUAGUGUAAGUUAUUCAGUGUUAGCCAGGGUUGUUUUGUAGGUAUCGUACCCAUGGGUCCCAUAUAGAUGGAUAUGUGUGAUAUUGGUGUGUGAGGGAACAUGUCUCUUCAAGGUUUCUAAUGGUUUCAACUUUUUGUAUCCACUCCCGUGUGGUGGGAGUUUGAGUCUGUUUCCACAGGGCCGGGAUAAGUUGGUUCGCUGCUGUGAUGAGGUGGAUUAGGAGUGUUUUUUUCGUGUUUUUGCAUUCCUGAAGGUGGGAGUAGAAAUAGAUAUGUGUCUGGGUGUAUCGGAAUACUUUUCCAGAGAAUCUGAUAGAUUACCCCUGAGAUUCGCAUCCAGUAUUUGCGAAUCUCUGGGCAUGUCCACCAUAUGUGUGUAGUUGUACUAUUCGGUUGCUGGCAUCUCCAGCAUCUAUCUGCUGUUGUGGGGAAGAGAUGGUGUAGUUUCGAUGGUGUGUAAUGCCAUCUGGCUAUCCUUUUAUAAUUGCUUUCCUGAGCUAUAGUGUUUCUGGAAGUUUUAUGUAUUUGUCUGAAGAUCUUUUUCCAUUUGCUUCUGGAUAUUUCCAGCUUUAAUUCCCUUUCCCAUGUUGUGGUGAAUGUUGGUAAUUGGUGAGUGUGUAUUGUUUGGAUUGUAUUGUACAUUAGUGAUAUGCAUUUCGUUUUUAUAUCCUGGUUUGAGCAGUGCUUUUCAAAUGUGGUUUGUGUUCUGUUUGUCCCCUGCGUUAGAUGUCCUGAAUGUAUGAAGUGUGUUAGUUAGUUGUAUUGGAGUUUUUGUAUCGCGUUUGGUGAUUCAAUGAAGCUCUGUAGUGGUUUGACCCGUUGUUCCCCAGUCUCGUCUAGUAGGUCUCCCAGUGAAAGGUACGCUUUUGUUUGGAAGAGUUUCAGCGCCUUACCGUCUGCCCCAGGUUGGAAGAGCGGGUUAUGUGAGAUCGGGUAGAGUGGGGAUGGGUGAGGUGAUAUUUGUGUACUUGGUUUGAUGGUUGCCCAGGUCCGCAGGGUGGGGGUUAUUGUUGGGUGUGGUCCUUUUAUUAGCAGUGUUUGACCUGUUUUGUGCCAUGGGAUCGUGUAUAUUGGUGCUCUGAAGAACAUGUUCUCGAUGGUCACCCAUUGUUUUGUGUGGUGGGUACAUGACCAAUCAUAUAUUCUAGUUACGUGAACUGCUUUAUAAUAUCUGUCUAUAUCAGAUAGACUAAGGCCUCCCUCUUCCUUCGGUUUUGUGAGGAGUGCGUAAGCUAGUCGGGGGCUCUUGUGGGACCAGAUGAAGGCCGUGAAUAUUUUGCGUACCGCGUUGAACCAUGUCCUUGGUAUUGUUAUGGGAAGUACUUGUAGCAUAUAUAAGAUCCUGGGGAGGACGUUCAUUUUAAGGAUGUUUAGUCUGCAGAACCACCCAAAUUGAGGUUUAUUCCAGGCUGUAAGGUCCGAGUUAAUGGUUUUUAGUAGGUUUGGGAAGUUGCUAUCGAAUAGGUGUGACGUUUCUCUGGUGAUGUGUAUCCGUAAUAUUUUAUGUUGUGUGGGGCCCACGUAAAUGGGUAAUCCCGUUUCAAUGUGGUUGUGAUGUGUGGCCGUAGGUGGAUUGGGAGGAUUUCACAUUUACUGAGGUUUGCUUUGAAGUUGGAUAUUUUACUAUAGGUAUCCAUUUCUUCCAUUAGGUGUGGAAGUGAGGCCAGUGGGUUCGAGAUUGAGAAAAGCAUAUCGUCCGCGAAUGCGGCUAUUUUGUGUUCGUGUUUUCCCACCUGUAUGCCUUUGAUGUUGGCGUUGUCUCGGAUUCCUUGAAGGAAUGGCUCUAGGAUAAUGACAAAGAGGAGAGGGGAGAGCGGGCAUCCCUGCCUCGUGCCGUUUGAGAUUUGUAAGCGCUCCGAGAUUUGGCCGUUAAUUCUAAUGUUGGCCGUGGGGUUGGAGUAUAAUGCUUUUAUCCAUUUUUGCCAAUUAGGUCCGAAUCCUAGUGAGUGGAGUGUGUGUGUCAUUAAGGACCAGUCUACUCUGUCGAAGGCUUUCUCAGCGUCUAUGGACAGGAGUAGACUGGAGUCUUUUGUUCGUGUGGCUUGAUGCACCAGGUUUAUGAUUUUUGUGGUAUUAUUUUUUGCUUCUCUACCGGGUAUAAAGCCCGAUUGGUCUUCGUGUAUGAUCCCCGGCAGGUGGGGGCGAAGCCUGUUGGCCAGGAUUUUUGUAAAGAGUUUGAGAUCUACAUUUAUCAAAGAAAUCGGCCUAUAGCUACCGCACUGAGAAGGGUCUUUGCCUGGUUUCGGGAUAAGCGUGAUUGUGGCGUUGAGUGCCUGUGAGGGGAGUGUAUUCCCUUGGAGGAGAGAGUUGAAUGAUUUUAUGAAAUGUGGGGUGAGGGUUGCGGCGUAGGUCUUAUAAUAUUUUGUUGUGAACCCGUCUGGACCUGGGCUUUUCCCGAUUGGGAGGUUUUUGAUAGCGUGAGUACAUUCUUCUACCGUGAUUGGGUGUUCCAGUGUUUGCGCUCAGGUUGUUUGGUAGUGUGGUGCGUAUUCUUUUUGUGAGGAAGCUUUGGAUGUCGUGAGCUGGUGUGGGAGUUUGUCUUAGGUUGUAUAGGGAAUGGUAGUAUUCUUGGAAGGCUGUGGUUAUGUCCGUGACUAGGUGAGAGAUGUUCCCUUUACUAUUCCUUAUGGAGGGUAUGAAGGUGUUUUCUCUUUGCUUUUUAAGUGCCUUGGCCAGCAAGCGCCCGCUCUUCCCUCCCUGUGUGUAGUAUAGGCUUCGUGUUUUUGCUAAAGCAUACUUUGUGUGUAUGUUUAAGAUUGUGUUGAGUUCUGUUCGUUUCUCUAAGAGUUGUUUGUAAUUUGUCAGUGAUUCGUCUUGGGUGUGUACUUCUUCUAGUUCCCUAAUUUCUUUGGUUAGUAGUGCAACUUGUGCCUCACGUUGUUUUUUGUGUCGGGACGCUAUUUGUAUGAUCGUUCCUCUGAUGGAGCUUUUGUGGGCUUCCCAUAUGAUUGGGUACGGUGUGUCUGCCUUGGUGUUUGUUUCGAAGUAAUGAUGUAGGUUUUCUUCGAUUUGGGUUUGUAUUGUUUGGUUGUUUAGUAGAUUGUCGUUUAAUUUCCAUUGUGUUCUAGUGGGGUGUAGAGUGGGGAUUGUGAUUGUCAUUGAUAGUGGGGCAUUGUCUGACCAUGUUAUUGGGGCAUAUUCACAAGUUUUGAUAAGGUUCAGAAAUCUAUGUGGGGUAAAUAUCAUGUCUAUUCUGGAAUAUGUUUUUGAUUAGUGUGAGUAGAAUGAGUAACUUCUGCUGUUGGGGUGUAUGACUCGCCAGGCGUCGUAGAGUUGGUGUGUGUCUAACAGUUUUUGUAUCUGGUUCCUUGUUGAAGCCUGAUAUGUUUGGGCUUGAGAGGUGGUGUCAAGUCUCCCAUCUAUUGAAACAUUGAAGUCUUCUCCCAGAAUUAGUAGCCCUUCUGUGAAUUUUUCAAGCCUGUGGAGUAUUUUGCGUAGGGGAGUCUUUCCUGUUGGGGAGGUAGAUAUUAGCGAGGGUUGUGAUAGUGUUCCCUAUUUGGCCUUUUAGAAAGACGAACCUGCCUCCCUCAUCUGAGUAGUGAUCUUUAUAUGUAAAGGGUAGGUGUGAGGCGAGAAGAAUCGCCACCCCUCUCGAUUUUGAGCCUCCAUAGUUGCUAAAGAAUCCUUUGGUAUAGAAUUUUGAUCUAAGUGUGGGGGCUGUGUCUUUACGGAAGUGUGUUUCUUGUAUAUAUAUUAUAUCUGUUUUCUGCCUGUGAUAGUCUGUGAGUGCCUUAUGGCGUUUCUCGGGUGUAUUGAGGCCUUUGGCGUUGUGUGUUAAAAUUGUUAUGGUUGCCAUGGUUGUGUUGGGGUGUAUGUUACACUGUGGGAUAAGUGUGGUCUUGGUGAGGGUUUAUGGUGUUCUCGUGCAAUCCGUUCCUGUUCUGUGUUGUGUAUUCUUGUUCGACCCUUGGUUCAGCCAGUUUACACAAAUCGUAUACAAUAUAUAGCAAUGCACGGGUUAUUCUCAGCAAACAGCGGUUACAACAAUACUUAUUAAAACAAUUGCAAUGAAAACAGUAAUAUUAAUAGGUGAGCAGUUAGACCGUUGGUGGUUCCCUACUGGUAGUCGUAUAUGUUGUCGGUCAACUAUGUACAGUGGUUAGAUACCGAUAUGUAUGUGCUAAAGAGAGAUGUCUGAGUUCGGAGGGAUGUCCCUCGUUGGUAGCGAUAGUCUACUGGUGUCUGCCCCUGAGAUGUCCCAGUAUCUACAGUGGGCUAUGGUAUAAUGACACCGUGUUAGGGUUGGCGUGUAGGUGUCUGUCUUUGUGUGUAAUGGCUAGUUUGAUAGUGUUUUGAUUAUUACAGUCUGUGAUGUGGCGGUGUUGUCAGUUAGUUUCAAGGGGAGAGCUUACGGAUGAGACCGCGUAUUUAGUUUACAAUUUUAUAGGAGGAUUAUUUUUUUUUUUUUUGGGGGGGGGGUUGGUUUGGAUAUAGUGAUGGUUUGGGGUGGUUGGAGGGAUCUAUGUGUUUUGUUUUGUAUUUCUAGGUGGUUUGUAGUGAUUUUUUUUUGAUUUUUUUUAUUCGUUUUGUGUGGACGCUUCUGUGUGACCGAUGGUGGUUAUGUGGCAGGUUGUGUUAGCUUUCCAUGUGCCCAUUUAGGGUGGGCCCAAUGGCUUCAGGGUAGUUGUUGGAUUUCAGAUUGUGUGAGUUUCGUGUAGUGUGUGCCUAGUUCUUUUGCCUAUCAGGCGACUCUGCUCUAAUGUGUGUGGGUCAUGUGUGUUUCCGUUCAGUGUUGUUUAUGUGUGGUCGGGUCUAUGACCUCUCCUCGUGAUAGUGUUGUCACCGUCCGGUUGUCUGUAAUAGUAUCUUAGAGUGAGCAGCAUUAAGUGUGUCUUUUGAAUAUACAUAAAAACCGUAACAAAGUAUGCAUACGACCUGUACGUGGGAUCAUCCUUAUUUUAUUUUAUUUUUUUCUGUCCUAUGUCUUGCAUUGUUCUUUAGCUUAAAUGUCCAGGUCUGUUCGCGUUAGCGUUGCUAGUCACUCUAUCUGUCCCAGUGGACGUAUAUCCCUUGGUAUUUUUCUUCUUUAUCUUUUUCUUGCUUCUUCGGUCGUCUCGUUCAGUUGCGUCAAUCUUUGUUUUGUUGUUUCCAUCUGGUGUUGUCUUUGAUAAGUUCUUUAUCUGUCCGUGGGUCCUCUGGUUUGCCUGUCAUCCCUCUGGGGCAUGCUGUUCUGUCCUCCUCUUUGUCUCUUCGAAGGUGUAUGCCAGUUUUGACCAGGUACUCGGGUAUCUAGCAAGGCUGUUGGGUCGGGGGCAUACCAGUUUGCAAUGUUGACCUCUGUCAGGUUGAGGGAUUCAAUAAAGGGGGCGACGUCUUGGUAAGUGGAUAUUGUGUAAGUUGAGCCUUGCAUGCACACUAUAAGGGCGAAAGGGAAGCCCCACCUGUAUCGUAUGUUUCGUGCUCUAAGUUGGUCUGUAAUCGGCCUCAGCGCCCGUCUUGCCUGGAGGGUGUGCCAAGAUAGGUCCGGGUAAAUCUGGAUUUCGUGUCCCUGGUAUAGAAGGGGGGAGGAAGUGUCUCUUAGUGCCCGUAAGAUGUCUUCUUUUAGGGAAAAGUAGUGUAUGCGGCAUAUUACGUCGCGUGGGUUUUCACUUGAGCCAUUUUUGGGUCGCAGAGACCUAUGUGCUCUGUCCAGUAGCACUGAGGAGUCUGGAGGGCGAUUUAGUAUAAGAUUAAAUAGGGUGGUUAGCUGGUCUUUUACAUUUUCUCUGUCUGCUUCUGGUAACCCCCUGAUGCGCAGGUUAUUCCUCCUACCCCUGUUAUCAAUAUCGUCGAGUCCUCUCUGGAGCAUGGUUAGGUGUCUCUCUUGUAUGGUAAGUGCAUGGGUGAGGUCUUGUAUUUGAGUGUGACAUAUGCCCCUGUCAUCUUCCAAGUCUUGCACCCGUCUGCCUAUCUGCCUUAUUUCAGAGCUCAAGCCCUCCAUUUUGAGUUGAAAGGUUGUUUCUAGCUUACCUAGCAUUUGUGCUAGAUCCAUUCUGGACGGUAGGUUUUUUAGUAUGCCCUUUAUGUCCACGUCUACAGAGGCUGAUGAGGCUUCUGAUCGUGCAGGACUCAGCGGUUCUGAGUCUAUAUGGAGCGCCACCGGCGCCAUGAUGGAGUCUCCCACGUCUGCCACGCGGUCUGUGUACUCCUUGAAGAGGCGGGUAACCGAGCCCGGUUUACCCGCUGGCUGUUUCCCCUGUGGCUGGUGAGGGGUUUGUUGUCUCUUGUUGUUCCCCAUUUUGUUUAAAAUCCUCCGUUUAGUCGCGGUCUCUGUCCGUUUUGCUCGGAGCUGGUUUAGUGUGCGGCCAUUCGAGUCGGCUGCUAGCCACGCCCCCCUAAAUUAUAACUUUAAACAUUGAACAUUCCGCAGCUGUGUGGGUGAUAUGUCCAGUGGUGGCAUCGACCUGGGUUGAGGGGGGGCGUUAAGUAGAGUUAGCCCUUGUGAGAAGUGGGCUACAGGCCCCUAGUAUUGGUAGAGUCAGCCAUUGCCCUGGUUCGGAGGUGGCAGGGAGUUCAGUAAUGUCACCAAGUCGGAGAGAAGAAUCGAGUGGUAAUGUCACUUGGGAUGGGUCUCUUGUGAGUUGCAAGACACGUACCAUGCUCUCGAGAGGCCAGGGGUAGGUGAGGGUGUCCUGGAGGGAUGUAGUCGUCAAGGUUGUUGAUCCGCGUUGGAUCCCUUUGAGCCUUAGGUGGUCAGGAAGAGGGUAAGACUGCAGUGGGCCGUAUUUGGGGAGGGGGGUCAAUGUUAGCAAUCCUUGGGUUUGUUGAGAUUCUUCGGCGGGUUGGUCGGGCAGGUGUAGGGUACUGCGGGUGGUCUCGGCAACCUUAUAAUCAUUGCCGUAACUGGCGGGCGUGUGUUGCUAGGAUUGGCGCGUGGGCCCUAUGGCUCCUCUUAGGUGGUGACCGAGGCGUAUGUGACCGGUGUGUUGUUUCGUGGUACAAAAGGGGGGCAGUUCUCUGGGUCCUAGCUGUGAGCCGGGGUGGUGGGGGCUCGGUGGUCCGCUUGGAAGAGAGAGUCCCGCGGUAGGCCCAAGGCCUGUAGAAGAUCCGCUACGUCCUGUGGGCCGUGGAUUUGGUGAGUUGUUUCUCUCUGCUGCACGAGGAGUGUGUGAGCUGACCUCCAGCGGUAGAAGAUUUUGUGCCUCUGGAGCAUGGCAGUGAGGGGUCUGAGUGAUCUACGCCACGCCAAAGUUCCUUUCGAGAGGUCAUUAUAGAAUGUUAGCUUUGUAUUCUCAAAUUGUAUAGGAGUGUUUCCCCGGGGGCGGUGAUGAUCGAUGCUUUGUCUGCUCUAUUUUUGAAGAUAAGGAUAGUGCCCCUUGUGGCCGCGUCUGGGGCCCUGGCAGGUUUCGGGUCACUUUGAAUUUUUAAUUCAAAUUUUGCUAAAUAACCAUACUAGUAUUUUAAUUGUUUUCCAGGAUUCACUUGUUUUCAGGGUAUUUGAAUUGCAAUAAUUUGAGGCCUCUAGUCAGGAACAUCAAAAGCCACACAUGUGGCAUGGAAACUCAACCCAUAUGCCUCUUAAAAUGGCUUCCUUCAAAAUCUUUGGUUCUCCAGAAGUGUGGAUUUUUAAGUACAUCCCCCUAUUCCUAUUAUUGUCUCUUCCUGGGCAGGACCAUGAAUUCAUACUUUGUUGUCCAUUCACUUUUAGUCAUAGGGUUCACAAUAAUUACCUUUUUUUUGGAUCCAACAAUCAUGAUAUUAUUAUUUUACUGAAUCUCUGUGGGUAGAGCCGUUUAAAGAGAUGGUGGUUGAUGUCUUGAAACCCAGGCCCAAGACAAAUCACAAGGGAGGGCAGAUAUCCUCGAUGCACCACUUGAAAGUGUAAUGUCAUUUCCAUGGAUGCAUUUUCUAAAUUGAUCAGCUCAAGGAUUGCUACUCCCUAGAUUCCCCAAUAAUCUACUGUCAUUCUCCUGGACACCUCAGGCUUCUUAACUUGUGACAUGGUCUUAUAAAAUGGCUCACUGCAAAGGAAAAUACUUGACUGUCUCAGUAAUUUAUUUCUGUCUUUUGUGUGAAACAUCAAAUUAUAGGCAAUAUAUUCUCUGCUAAAUACAAGGUUAGUCUUUUUAUCUAAUCUUGUAGGAAGUUGGGGAGUGUCUUAAUAGGUAUAGGUUGUUGAAUAGGGCUAGUUUCCACUACUGUGGAUUUUUUAGAUUUGGACCACUGUUGUUUGCUGUUAAUCUUGCUUAGGAAACUAUGGGAGUUUGUUUGGGGGAAUCCAUUUGAGCAUGAUUUAGUUUAAUUUAAUUUCUUUAUUUAGCUGAGGACAGCAUUUUCACAAAUACGGUUGUUAUUUUUUCAUAUGGCAAAUUAAGAUUUUCUUAGUUAGAACAAUGAUCUAUAUACACACUGUCUUACACCUAUAACUGCCUUGAACCUAAAAAUAUUUAACACCUCAUUUUGAGGUAGCUGAAGAAGGGCAUAGAAGCUCGAGCAAGGAUAAUUUUGCGGGAACUACAAACUCACGUAAAUCCAGCUGACACGGGUACCAUAGAAGAGCCAUAUACUAUAAUUGGUAUCCCGAGCAUUUCAUUAUAGGAGGGAGCUCUAAUUGUGGGUUGAGACACUUAUUUGGAACUAAUCCGAUGUACUUAUACAUAUUCUUUAUAUCUGUCUCCAUUUGUACCAUCAUCUAUGUGGAUAGUUUAACAUGUAGAUACUAUCGACUUAAACAUCAGCAGUUGGUCCUAUUUUAAUUUUAUUACUAUUUUUUCGUUCUGCACUAUUAUACUCACAUUGUUUAUUUCUAUAUAUUUUGUUUCUUACCCAUUUAAUAAAUUUAUUAAAUAAAUUUAAUAAAACUAUAGUUCUUUUUUUUGCUGUCUUAUCAAAAGGCAUUAUUUUGCCUACUAUUGGCAGAGCAGCCUAUAUUAGGGUACUUGGACGGAUAUUGGGUGCGCUGUUUAGUUUACCCAUUCCAGUCUUUCUUUUUUUGAUUAUUUUUGGGUUAUGCCCGAAGUACCUUACAACCGUUUAAACUUUGGUGAAAGUUUUUCUUUCUCUCACUAUCGUUGUAUAUUUUCUAGGUGUUGAAUAGGCUGAUGGGGUUGCAUUUGAAAGAACUAGCAUUUUUAACUAUUGUCACAUUAAACAUUACUUUACACAAAUGUUAGGUUAUAUAGGUUUUGUGGCAACAAUUGCAAUGCAAUUAUAAUUCCAGACUGUUGCACUACAAAAUCAUGUUAACUGUUGCUUUUCUAUUCCUCUGCAUCCAGCACUAGUAUACAAAAUAUUGCCCUUCUGUUUAGCUACCGUAUAUAUUAGAGUAUAAGUCGACCCGAAUAUAAGUCGAGACCCCAACGUUUACCUCAAAAAACUGGGAAAACUUACUGACUCGAGUAUAAGACUAGGGUGAGAAAUGCAGCAGCUACUGGUAAAUUUCUAAAUAAAAUUAGAUCCCCAAAAAAUUAUAUUAAUUGUAUAUUUAUUUACAGUGUGUGUAUAUAAUGAAUGCAGUGUGUGUAUAUAAUGCAGUGUGUGUGUGUGUGUGUGUUUGUGUAUGAGUGCAGUGUGUGUGUGAUGUAGAGACUUGGUGGGGGGGGGGCGUGGGCAUUUUUAAUUAUUUUAUUUUAUUUUAAUAUUAUUACAUUUUUUAUUUAUUUACUUUUUUUUUUCAUCCCCAUCCCUGCUUGUUGCUGGCCAGGGAAGGGGGGCUCUCAUUUCCUGGUGGUCCAGUGGUGUGCACUGUGUAGGAGGGGGGCUGGCAGCGAGCUGUAACUUACCUUUCCUGCAGCUCCUGUCAUCUCCCUUCUCUCUCCUCCGGAGCUGACCGGACCGGAGGAGAGAGAAGGGAGCUGACAGGAGCUGCAGGAAAGGUAAGUUACAGCUCGCUGCCAGCCCCCAACAGGACCGCCAGGCUUGUAAUGAGCCUGGCGGUCCUGGUCUGUAUUAUGGCAAUGUAAGUUGCCAUAAUACAGACAUUAACUCGAGUAUAAGUAGAGUGGGGGUUUUGUGCUGAAAAACUCGACUUAUACUCGAAUAUAUACGGUAUGUAUUUUGCUGUGCUGCUUCACAGCUAUGAUAUGCAUAUGCCUUUUACUAGGGACCUUAUACAUUAUGCAUCUUUUAUAAACAUCACACUAGUUGUUGGCUACAUUUACAUUAUAAAAUGAACCCUUGAGAUGUUCUUCUUAUUCUGCCAGUUUGCAAGUCAAUCUACUUGGCUCUCUGAUAUCCUUAAAUGCCCUCAACAGACAAUGUUCUUAGGAUAAUUGCGUGACAUAGUAUGUGUAAAGUGAAUUAACUGUUUAAAUAUAUAAACAUUAAAACUCAGAACAUGAGACAUGAGUUAACCUAAAUUAAACAGAUGUAUUUCAAAAGUAAAAUAAUGGUGGUGUAGUUAUUUUCUACUUUUACAAUUCAAAUUUGCAUUGAAUAUCCAACUGUGCAGUGAUUUCAAGCUUAAAAUAGGUCAGUGUAAAUGGAUCGUCUAGUGAAAUAUACUCUUUUGUGGCUUGUUUUUAUUUUUAAUUUAAGAGUAAUUAUUAUUUAAAGCAAACUUUAGUACAAAUUAAUAGAAACUAUAUCAACUAUUAACUUCAGAAUAAUUUAAUGCAGAGAAGACUAUCUCUAUACAUCCUCUCUUCUAGAAGCAUUUUUAUAAACCUUAGCAACAAUAUUUGAUAACUGCUGGAAUGGUAAUUCAUCAUCUUUGACCUUAAGGAUGGUGUCUACAUUGGCAGAGAAAACUGGUGGCAGAGUUAUAUAUAUAUUAAUGGAGUAUUAAUUUGAAGAAAACCGAUUUUGGAAUGUUUUUGCUGCAUUUUUCACAGUUAACGGUUUACUGCUGUGAGGAAUUUUAAUAAUUGAAAAUAUGCCGCCAUAUUAUUCUACAAUAUUCCAGGUUGUUAAUAAGGCAACUCAAAUAUUCAACAUUGUGGCCCCAUGAUGCAUAUGCAGGAUAACAUUGUAUCAUCUUAGACAAACAUGAAAUAUGAAUCUCUCUCAAAUGCCUAUCUUCUCACUAUUUCUUUUUCCUACCAUCUUGCCUUAUUUCUCCUCUGCACAUAAAUGUUUUCUUAUUUUGCAAUCUUACUUCACCCGCACUCUAUACCACUCACUCACUUCCCCACUCUCUCUUUACCAGUUUUGCUCUUUCUAUGUAUGUGUUCUAAUUGUCUCUCCCACAUCAUUUUUACCAUGUUUACACACUGCCAACUAUCUUUUACCCCUUAUUUCUACCCAUUUUUUCACUUAAUAGCAAUAUGUUAUUCUUGCUCUUUCAUUUAUAGUCUCCAUUUUUUAUUCCCACCCACCUUCUCCCUAUCCCCAGUGCAUAGUUAACUAAUUUUGUUAGUUUAUUUUUCCCUUUUCCCCCACUUAAAAAAAAAUAAAUAUAUAUAUAUAUAUAUAUAUAUAUAAUAAUAAUAAUUUACAUAUACUUCUGACUUCUGGUUACUCUUUAACCCCCCCACCCCUUUUUUUUUUCCUUGCCCUUAUAUCACCCAUCUUUUUCUGUACUAAGUUUCUUUCUCUUACACCCUCCAUUCGAUUUUGCCUCCAUAUGCCUUCCUGUGACAUCCUGAUCCAUAUUAUAUUUGCAGGUAACUUGCCUCUUUGCAGCCUUUAUCUUACUGUUCUCCAGAUCCAUUUUUCCAUAUCUAUCUCUCCAUUCUUUCGCCCACUGUACCUGUACUCAUUUCUCCCCCACUCCCAUUAUGUAGCCAAGUCAUUUCUGCUCUCACCCACCCCUCUCUAUCCUAAUAUUUAUUUUCUUUAUUACUUAUUUUAUCUAACUAGGUCACUCCCAUUGCCACAUUCUUACCUCUUAUUAGACCCAAAAUAUGGAUUUUUAACUUGAUAAUUACUCUCUUGUAGUGCUUCUUUGCCUACUGAGAAUGGGACCUUCCAAAAAUAAAUUGGUUAUAUCCAAUGGUAAGCUGUGAGAUGCUUGGUUGUCUCUAGUUAAUGAACUGUUCGCUGUUGCUCACAGGGGCGGACUGACCGGUCGGGCACUUCGGACACGGUCCGAGGGCCCGGCCGGGAGGGGGGCCCGCCGCCAGGGCCGCCUUCAGGGGGCCCGGCGGCAGGGCUGGAUUGGGGGGGGACUGCAGGUGCCACCGGGUGGCCAGUCCGGUGGCACACUGUGAGGUGGGGGCGGCCGUUUCAUGUUAGAGCCGCCGGACCGGGUGGCAGCCUCGCCGGUCCGGCGGCAUUCCGCUCACUAACACUGAAGAGGAAGGAGGAGGAGGAGCAUGUAUCUGUCAUGCUCCCUGCGGUUCCCACAAUUCCCAGCACAGGAUGUGGGAACCGCAAAGGAGCAUGACAGACACAUGCUCCUCCUCCUCCUUCUUCUUCAGUGUUAGUGAGCGGAAUGCCGCCGGACCGGCGAGGCUGCCACCCGGUCCGGCGGCUCUAAAAUGAAACGGCCAGCCCCCUCUGACUAGUAAGAGGGGGGAGAGAUGGGGAGGGGGGAGAAAGAGAGGGGAGAGAUGGGGAGGGGGGAGAAAGAGGGGGGACAUAGAGAUGGGAAAGGGGGAGAAAGAGGGGGGAACAGAGAGAUGGGGAGGGGAGAAAGGGGGGGCAAUAAAGAGAUGGGGAGAAAGAGAGGGAAGAAUGAGACACAGGGGGAGACAGAGACAGAGAGGGAAGAAUGAGACACGGGGAGAAAGAGGGGGAAUAGAGAGAUGGGGAGGGGGAGAAAGAGAGAGAGGGAAGAAUGAGACACAGGGGGAAUAGAGAGAUUGGGAGGGAAGAAUGAGACACGGGGAGAAAGAGGGGUAAUAGAGAGAUGGGGAGGGGGAGAAAGAGACAGAGAGGGAAGAAUGAGACACGGGGAGAAAGAGGGGGAAUAGAGAGUUGGGGGAGGGGGGAGAAAGAGAGGGAAGAAUGCCCCCCUCCCCUGUCCGCAGGCACUGUGCGGGCAGGGGAGGAAGAGAGGACCUGGGAGCUCACCCUGCAGCUCCUCUGGGUCCUUCUUGCGCAAGCACAGAGCGUUGCCGCGGUUACCAUGGCAAUGUUACUGCUCUUGCGAGAGUCAACUCUAGCCCUGGAGCUACGGGCUAGAGUUCACUCUCAACACUGUAACCCCCAUGGAUUCCUGGUGGUCGCAGUGGUGAGAGUGAACUCUAGCCCCAUAAACACACUGCCCCCACACACACACCAUACACAUUCACACACUGCCCCAUACACACCAUACACAUUUACACACAUUGCCUCACACACACACAUACACUGCCCACCCAUAUACACACAGACCCCCAUACACAGCCCCCCAUACUAACAUUGCCACACACAUACAAUGCCCACACACUCUACACAUUCACACACUACACCCCCACACACACACUGAACCUUUCACACACAUUGCACCACUGCUCCUAUUCCCUACUACAGCCUCAUAUCCCAGCAGACCCCAGGUAAGUUGUCAAACUGUUCUUAAGCGGUUUGACUACUUACUCUGGAGCAGUAGUGGUUAUUGUGCAUGGAUUAUUUCUUUAAAUAAUCUACAAGUGCCCCAGUAGCCAGCCAGCCAGCCCACAGGCUGGCCAGUAGCCAGCCCACAGGCCAGUAGCCAGCCCACAGGCCAGUAGCCAGCCCACAGGCCUACAGCAAGCCACAGGCUUACAGCCAGCAAGCCACAGGCUUACAGCCAGCAAGCCAUAGCCUGCCAGCCGCAGUCAGCAAGCCCACAGCCUGCCGGCAGUAGCCAGCAAGCCCACAGCCUGCCAGCCGCAGCCAGCAAGCCCACAGACUGCCAGCCAGCAAAAGUAAGGUAAGAGGAGCCAACUUGGCUUAGGUAUCAGCGAGCUAUGUUGUGUUGCUAUAUUGUGAAUAGGAACCAGAGUGUUGGAGAGACCACCCUCCAGGCCCCAUUAGACUCUAGCCUCUGCUAGAAAUCCCCUCCAUGGCCCAUUAGCCCUCAAUUGUAGUUUCUACUGGGGCCUGGAGGCGACUGUUUCCGGCAGGGGAUAUCUAAUGGACGCUGAGAUGGCCUCUGUUAGAAAGACCCCCUUCCAAGCCUUUUAGACUCCAUUGUAGUCUCUAAUGGGGCUUGGAGGGGAUUCUUUCUAACACACCCUCUAAAGGACACUGAGAUAGCCUCCGCUAGAAAGACCCCCCUCAAUGGCCCAUUUGCCCUCAAUUGUAGUCUCUACUGGGGCCUCGAAGGGCUUAUUGCCCUUUUGUUCCUUGUGUCUAAAGAUUGUGUACGGUGUGGCUGGAGGCGGGACAAGGGUGGCGCUUGCUGCAGAGUAUGGGUGGGGCCUGUAAGGGGGCCCUUGAUUUAUUUUGCCCGGGGGCCCUGAGGGUUCUCAGUCCGCCCCUGGUUGCUCAUCAUUGACAAGUAGAUACCCAAGAUAAGUAAUUUCACAAGCAGAUAGAAUUGGAUUACCUGUCUUCAUAUUUUCCAUCUGCAAUAUUCAUGUUAAUUUGAAUAGUGUCCUGAACUGUGAAAUCUGCCUACUUACACACAAUGGCCAGCAUGAUCACCACUUUGAAAAACAUAUUUUUCACUGCAUUAUUCCUCGGGAUUGUCUUUUGACAUUCAAUGUAGUAUAUAAUGCAUAGUACUCUUGAGAGCUCACAAAUCAGCGCUCCCUUGCAGCCCUCUGCCACCAGGCUAACAAGGUAUUUGCCUGGACAUUUGAGGGUGGCAGUUUUUUGCCGCUCCCCUGGAAAGUGACGCCCAAGGCAACGGCCUUGUUUGCCUUGCGGCAAAUACGUCACUGGGUAUGGGGCAUGCAAUGUUGGAGGAAGGAAGGGAGAGAGUUAUAAAAGUUGGUGCAAAUGCACCAUAACCACUGCAUGGGUUGUAGUAAGAUAUUUCUAAUUCUUGUUUAAAAGAAUGUUACAAUAACAAUAAAAAUAUAAAUGUGAAGUAGAGGGAUAUAUCAUUAUACAUUUUUCACCUUGACAUUAUGUAACUGAAAUGACGUAAUAUAAAUAUUUAAUGCAUCCAUUUACUGAUUGAAUAAGCCAGAAGAACAAUGCAAAUAAAUUAAAUUAUAUCAAAAUGCAUAUUAUUUGUUUUAAACAUUGGACAUAGUGCAUUGGUUUAUCAAAAAGUGAUACUAUGACUGUUUUUUUCAAGUGGCAUUUGAGGAAGGCCAGUGUGGCUUCUAUCUCAUAGAACAGCAUUAAAUAUUUCUGCACUUAGUUGAGUGCUCAAGAUAAACACUUAAUGAGAUUUUUCCCCCCCAUCCACUUAUAUUAACAGUGUUUGUAUUACCCAGAGAAUGUGAUUCCGACAAGGAUUAAUGUUGUAGGAAAUAUCACUUCAGAAUAGAAUGAUAAAUUGCUUUGCCGACAUCUGUCCAUGGAGACCCAUUCUGCAUCCUCACACCCCUUGGAAUUAUUACAUAUAACUCUCCUGAUAGCCAAUUGCCAAUCCCAUCUGUGCUCUCACACCGCUUGGCUGGUAUUUUCUCAAACAUUACCAAACUGUCCUCAUUUGACAUGAGCUCAGUGCAUGUUCUGCAUAUGAAGCUGACAGCUGUCCCGUUUAUAUGCUUUUGUUUUGUUUUUUUGUAGCUGCAAGAGCAAACUGUAUUCAGAGAAGCUGCCAAACACCAGUGUGAUUAUUCCUUUUCACAACGAGGGCUGGUCCUCACUUCUGCGGACAGUGCACAGUGUCCUUAACCGAUCUCCACCUGAACUCAUUGCAGAGAUUGUGCUGGUGGAUGACUUCAGUGACAAAGGUGUGUAUAGCUUAAAGUUAUCAUGGUCAUGAUCAAUGCAUUGCCGGCAUUCUGUUAUAAUUCACUACCCAAGUACCAGAAUCCAUGUAUACAAUGUUCAAAGUGAUAAGUUGCUAUGUAGGAUCCAAAAUUUACUGCCAAGUGGAAAUUGAUUGUUUUUUCAACAUGCUUUUUUUAUUUUGUGUGAUGUACGAAGUAGCAUGGAUAAGGUGCUCAAUUACAAUCUCAUCCAGACAUUACAAAGCUCCUUUUAUUUCAAGCCUUCAAUCAACAUGAGGGUCUAAUCUCUCAGUUUUUCUUUUAUUUAUUCUGUGAUACAAAUUUUAUUUGUGAUCGGCAGAGGAACACUUUAGUGUUAGGAAUACAAAAUUGUAUUCCUAACACUAAAUGGUUCCUUUAAAUAAAUUUUGUGUGGCCGGGCCCCUUCUAAUCUGCAAGGAGAGCUGUGAAGGAGAGAGCCCCGCUGGUACUUAGUAUCAGCUCAAACAGACAAUGCAGCAUGGGAGUGAUGUGCUGCAAGCUGAUAGUGCGUGCCCCCCCACCCCCACCCCCAAUAUCUCAACCCCACCUGCUUGCUCAUUUCCCAAGAGGUAGAGUAGACCAGGAGAGGAGCAACCCCAUAACUCCCAACAGACCCAACCAACAGAAGCAAACUUACUGCUCCUAUAAGGUAGGAAACUGAAGGGUGACUAACAUUUUCAUAUGUAUGGACCUUUUGGGUGUAUGUUUGUAUGCAUGUAGUGUUUGUAUCGGUGUACCUGUAUCUGUCAUUGUUUGUAUUGUGUGUGGCAGUGUUUGAAUCUUUAUGUCUCUAAAUCUGUAUGUGUGCCAGUAUGUGUAUCAGUGUGUCUGUGUAUCUUCAUAUUUGGUAGUGUUUGUAUCUGUGUGUCUGUACAUCUUUAUGUGUGUCAGAGGGAGCUAUAGUGCCAGGAAUACAGCUUUGUAUUCCUGACACUUAUAGCAGUAUCCCUUUAAGAUUGUAGACCACUAGCAGAUGCACAAACCCAGGCAGUGCUGGGAUAGCAAAUGCCCUGCAUAAAUCAUGCCUGCUGCCAUGUAGGAUCCAAAAUUUACUGCUUUCCCAUACUAAUGUGCCAACAGAUAUCUUAGUGCACUUCUUACUAUUGUAAUCUGCAACGGAAUAGCAUGAGGCUGAAGCCUACUGCCCCUGUAUGCUACUGGCCUGGAAAGGGUGCAAUUGCCCCCUGUUGUCUUUGCAAGCUUUCAUGCCUUCUUUUCCCCUUUCUUGAGAACCUAUCUGCUUGACAGGGUGCUUAAAUCACCCUUUCAAGUUUUAAAUUUACUUUAAUUUUGUUUUUAUCAGUUUUUUAAUGCUAUGUUCAAAUAUAAAAUGGAUAUUGUCAAAUUAAUAACUGUGGUGAUUUUGACCUAUUGUUCCCACAUAGUUGUUUUCUUAUAAUUUAAUUGGUAUUGCCAAAUCUGACAAUUCUUUGUGCUAAACUUUAACAGUUGUUUGCUUUCUUCACAGCAAUCAAUAGUACAUUAUUUAGAUGUGUUCUGUCUGUCAGAGUCCUAAUUGCUUCCCUGAGAACCUCUCUAUUUCUCCUAAGUUCUGCUGUCUCCUCUGGAUAGAAUCCUAUACUUUGGAUAGGAAUCAAGGAGGCACCUGUGGUAUAGUGGUCAGGAUUUCAACAUAUAGUGCAGAAUAUCCCCCAGGCAAGUGCAAUCUAAGGGAACAUAGGCAUUCAAAACUGAUGACUUCCUUGUGUACAUUGUGCUUGCUAUGGAGUGACAUAUAUCUUUGUAUAUGGAAGGUCUAAACCUGUAAGCAUGUUUUCUAGCAAUAAGUCGGGUAACAGUGUAAGUGUAGUCUGGUUACAGAAUAGUUUCAUACACAUCCAGUCAUUCUAAACAAAGCUGCUAAGCCCCAAUGUUAAAGGAGCACUAUAUGGUCAGUAACACAAACAUGUAUUCCUGACCCUGUAGGGUUAAAACCACCAUCUAGCCACCCUGAGCCCCUCAUGCCUCCCUAAAAAUAGUAAAAUCUUACUUGUAUUCAAGCCUGAAGCUGCUGUUUCUCACUGUUUCCUUUAGACCUGCCUACUGACAUCAGCAGAAGUGGUAGCCUGAUCCAAUCGCAAUGCUUCCCCAUAGGAUUGGCGGAGACUAACAAGGGGGCAGAUCAGGGGCAGAGCCAGCACAAUUCAAACACAGCCCUUUCAUAUCAGCAUCUCCUCAUACAGAUGAAUUUUACCAAUGUUCAGUGUCUGCAUGCAGAGGGAGGAGAUACUGAAUGUUUGGAUGCAUUUUAGGCAGCCAUGACCCAGGAAAGAUCUCUAACGGCUAUCUGAUGAGAGGUCAGUGAAGUUAUUACUAGGCUGUAAUAUAAACACUGCAUUUUCUCUAAAAAAGGCAGUGUUUACAGCAAAAGGCCUGAAGGUAAUGAUUCUACUUAGCAGAACAAAUUCAAUAAGCUGUAGUUGUUCUGGUGACUAUAGUGUCCCUUUAAGAGUCAGUCUGCCAGACUAUGUGUUGUGGGAUAUAUGUAGUAAGGGGUUUGGAAAAGUAGUCACUUAAGUUUUACUUUGAUUUUUUGCCACACUUUUAGAGUGGAACCUAUCAAUGGGUUUUGGGAGACUAUGUGUUUAAUCACCACCCUAUCUGUCCAUAUUAGCUAGGUAUUUUUCUUCUUUGUCUGUAAGAGUUCCAGGGGGAUACAAAGUUUAGUGGUUUUGGUACGUGCCAGUGACGUUUUUAAAGGAGAUGUGUAGGUUGAGGAUAUUUCUGAAAGGAAAUAUCCACCAAGUCUCUUUUUGGAAGAAUUAGUUGUGAUUGUUUAAUUUAUGCGGCCAUUACUUUCCAAAUAAAGUGAAGGAUGGAGGUGUUGAGUGACUCGAAAUAUAUCUUAGGGCUCUGAAUAGGAAUUGUCUGAAAUAACUAGAGCAGUUUAGGGAACAAGUUCAUCUUUAUGCAGUAUCCCACCCACCGUGUCCAUAUUAAGAGUCUUCAGAAAGGGAAGGAAAUGGGACCGUAGGUGGUCAGUCAUUUGCUUAUAGUGAAAUGCCGGUGACUUCAGACUUGUCCAUAUAAAGUUUCAAAUUAGAAAGCUGACCAUAUUAUCGAAACCAUUAACAAAUUCGAUAGGGGUUCAAUAAAAAAUAGGAGGUAGUCAGUGUACUCUUUGACCUUGUGUUUAGUUGCAUCCUGUUUGUAACCUACAAACAUUACCAUCCUGUGUCACCACCUCCAGAUAGGGUUCAAGUGUCAAGGCAAUCAAGAGUGGGGGGAUGGGAACACCCCUGCCUGGUCCUGUUUCGUAUCGAGACAGACUGGGAAAGGGCACCAUUAAGCGCUAGGUAUGGUGUAAAGUGCCGCUUUUAAGCAAAUUAGGACCAAAGCCCAUGUCUCUCAAGGUAAGGGUCAUGAAGCUCCAGUCCACUAGCAUUACUCUUCUUAUCACACUAUGUAAAUUUACAGAUACCCCAUUUUCUCUGUACGAACAGUUGAUGCAAUUGGGUUUUCCCCACUGGUCUCUUGAAUGGGACAGGUAGCACUUGGAGUGUUAUCAGAUACACCCCACUGAUGAAAGACAAAAUCAUUAGUCGCAAUCACAAUCAUCUGGAAUUGCUGUAUCUCUCUCGCAGAGGGAGUUUUGCAGCAUUUCAGAUAGAUUACCAUCUUGAAGGAAAUAAGCAUGAUAUGUGAAAGGCAUUGGAUCGAUCUGUAAUGACAUAUUUGAGUAAAACUUGGUUCAAGAGCCAAACAGAGAUUAAAUCAAUUGGCAAACUAUUGAGAUUAUCCAUUCCCAGUGUUAAUAUCUUCUGUUUGCUUUUGCUUCAGUGCAUUAGGUUUGGGUCUCCCCAAGUUAAAAGGGUAAUCCAGACAUGACCCCAUGUUCAGUUUGCCUAGAGGGGUAUCCGCUGCAAUUCACUAAUAAAGAGCAAAGAACAUAGAAGCAUAGAAACCUAGAAUGUGACGGCAGAUAAGAACCAUUCGGACCAUAUAGUCUGCCCAAUUUUCUAAAUACUUUCAUUAGUCCCUAGCCUUAUUUUAUAGUUAGGAUAGCCUUAUGCCUAUCCCACUCAUGCUUAAACUCCUUUACUGUGUUAACCUCUACCACUUCAGCUGGAAGGCUAUUCCAUGCAUCCACUACCCUCUCAGUAAAGUAAUACUUCCUGAUAUUAUUUUUAAACCUUUGUCCCUCUAAUUUAAGACUAUGUCCUCUUGUUGUGGUAGUUUUUCUUCUUUUAAAUAUAGUCUCCUCCUUUACUGUGUUGAUUCCCUUUAUAUAUUUAAAUGUUUCUAUCAUAUCCCCCCUGUCUCGUCUUUCCUCCAAGCUAUACAUGUUAAGAUCCUUUAACCUUUCCUGGUAAGUUUUAUCCCGCAAUCCAUGAACCAGUUUAGUAGCCCUUCUCUGAACCCUCUCUAAGGUAUCAAUAUCCUUCUGAAGAUACGGUCUCCAGUACUGUGUACAAUACUCCAAGUGAGGUCUCACCAGUGUUCUGUACAAUGGCAUGAGCACUUCCCUCUUUCUACUGCUAAUACCUCUCCCUAUUCAACCAAGCAUUCUGCUAGCAUUUCUUGCUGCUCUAUUACAUUGUCUGCCUACCUUUAAGUCAUCAGAAAUAAUCACCCCUAAAUCCCUUUCCUCAUAUGUUGAGGUUAGGACUCUAUCAAAUAUUCUGUACUCUGCCCUUGGGUUUUUACGUCCAAGAUGCAUUAUCUUGCACUUAUCCACAUUAAAUGUCAGUUGCCACAAUUCUGACCAUUUUUCUAGUUUACCUAAAUCAUUUGUCAUUUGGCUUAUCCCUCCUGGAACAUCAACCCUGUUACAUAUCUUAGUAUCAUCAGCAAAAGACAUACCUUACCAUCAAGACCUUCUGCAAUAUCACUAAUAAAAAUAUUAAAGAGAAUGGGUCCAAGUACAGAUCCCUGAGGUACCCCACUGGUGACAAGUCCAAGCUUCGAAUAUAUUCCAUUAACUACAACCCUCUGUUGCCUGUCACUCAGCCACUGCCUUACCCAUUCAACAAUAUUGGAAUCCAAACUUAAAGAUUGCAGUUUAUUGAUAAGCCUUCUAUGUGCAACAGUGUCAAAAGCCUUACUGAAAUCUAGGUAAGCAAUGUCUACUGCACCACCCUGAUCUAUAAUUUUAGUUACCCAAUCAAAAAAUCAAUAAGAUUAGUUUGGCAUGAUCUCCCUGAAGUAAACCCAUGUUGUCUCUGAUCUUGAAAUCCAUGUGUUUUUAGAUGUUCAACAAUCCUAUCCUUUAACAUGGUUUCCAUCACUUUCCCCACUACUGAAGUAAGGCUUACUGGCCUAUAGUUGCCCGACUCCUCCCUAUUACCUUUCUUGUAAAUGGGCACAACAUUCGCUAACUUCCAAUCUUCUGGGACUACUCCUGUUAACAAUGAUUGGUUAAAUAAAUCUGUUAAUGGUUUUGCUAGUACACCACUAAGCUCUUUUAAACUCACAUGUAAUAAAUUACUCAUUUAUCCUUUUUCUCAACUGAGGUCCCUUUCCGUUAUUUUCAUCUGUAAAUACAGAACAAAGAUAUUCAUUGAGGCAGUCAGCUAGACCUUUAUCCUCUUCUACAUACCUUCCUUCUUUUGUUUUUAAUCUAACUAAUCCUUGUUUUACUUUUCUUUUCUCAUUUAUGUAUCUAAAAAAUGUUUUAUCCCCCUUUUUUUUUACUGACUGUGCUAUUUUCUCUUCUGUGUGUGAUUUGGAAGCUCUUAUAACUUGCUUAGCCUCUUUCUGCCAAAUCUUAUUGAUCAUUUUGUCUUCCUCACUCUGGUUUUUUUUUAUAAUUCCUAAAUGCUAACUUUUUGUUUUUAACUAUUUUGUACCACAGUGGUUUCUUGAAUUUUUUGCUUUUACUGACAAGUAGUGAUGUCCCGAACUGUUCGCCGAACGGUUCGCCACGGACUCCAGUCAGCAGACACAUUCCAGCCAAUCAGCAGCAGACCCUCCAUCCCAGACCCUCCCACCUCCUGGACAGCAUCCGUUUUGAAGCUGCAUUCUUAGUGAGCUGUCCAGGAGGUGGGAGGAUCUGGGAGGGAGGGUCUGCUGCUGAUUGGCUGGAAUGUGUCUGCUGACUGGAGUCCGGGCGAACAGUUCGGGACAUCACUACUGACAAGCCUAAUGCAAUUUUCUGUUGCCUUCAGUAGUGCAACUUUUAAAUAAUCCCAUUUCUCUUGGACUCCAUUUAAAUUGCUCCAGUCUGAUAAUGACUCCUCUACCCAUAUUCUAAUUUUAGAAAAGUCUGUUUUUCUAAAGUCUAAAACUUUUGUUUUUGUGUGGUGUGACUCAGUCACUGUUCUUAUAUUAAACCACACUGACUGAUGAUCACUGGAUCCUAAACUUUCACCUACAGUAAUAUCUGAUACCAAAUCUCCAUUUGUUAACACUAAAUCUAGUAUGGCCUCUUUACGAGUUAGCUCCUCAACAACUUGUUUUAGAGACAAUCCCAGUAGGGAGUUUAGAAUAUGUGUGCUCCUGGCACAAGUAGCUAAUUUUGUUUUCCAAUUUACAUCAGGAAGAUUAAAGUCACCCAUGAUGAUAACUUCCCCCUCCAUUAUCAUUUUAGCUAUUUCCUCAACUAGUAGAUUAUCCAACUCUUAAAUUUGUCCUGGGGGCCUAUAAAUCACACCUACACGAGUUACUGUGUGAUUACCAAAUUCUAACGUAACCCAAACGGACUCUAUGUUUGCCUCACUAACUUUUAUUAGGCUAGAUUUUAUGCUAUCCUUCACAUACAGGGCCACCCCUCCCCCUUUCUUGCCUUCCCUAUCUUUCCUAUAUAAAAAGUACCCUGGUAUUGCUAUGUCCCAGUCAUUUUUCUCAUUAUACCAUGUCUCAGUAACAGCGACUAAAUCUACACUAUCAGUUGCCAUUAUUGCCACAAGUUCAUGGAUCUUUUUCCCUAAACUGCGAGCAUUUGUAGACAUGACUCUAAGCUUAUCAUUUUUUAACACACUUGCUACAGGCACCUUCUGUCCUUGUUUUGGGGGACAAUUGGAUUGAUGUUUUAUCACCCUUUUGCCCCCCUCCUCCUAGUUUAAAUACAUCCUUGCAAAACCUCUGAACUGCUCAUUGAGAACAUUUGUUCCCUUUUGAGAAAGAUGCAAACCAUUUUUUGUACAGCUUAUCUCCAUUCCAAACAGAGCUACCAUGAGAAAUAAAGCCAAAUCCUUGCUCCCUACACCAUUCACCAAGCCACAAAUUAAAGUCCCUAAUACACAUCCGCCUGUCAUUCUGAGUGUUAUGCACAGGCAGAACUUCAGAGAAUGACAGUGUGGAAACAACCUGCCGUAUAUCAUUGGCAAAAACACUAAAACCUUCCUUAACCUCUAAAACCUCCUUGCAAGCCAAGUAAUUUGUCCCUAGAUGGACAAGUACAUCCAAUUCCCCUUCCUGGUUUGCUUGCUUAACAAUAUUACAGAUACGUCUCCUGUCUCUGUGAGCUGUAGCUCCGGGAAGACACCUCACAAGACCACCAUUAUCCAUCUCCACACCUCUUAUAAUAGAAUCCCCCAACAACAACUGCUUUCUAUUAGGCCUCACCAUAGUCUCCAAGCCGGUCUCCACAACACCACUAGCCUCAGUGCCUCUCUCCACAACACCACUAGCCUCAGUGCCUCUCUCCACAACACCACUAGCCUCAGUGCCUCUCUCCACAAUACCACUAGCCUCAGUGCCUCUCUCCACAAUACCUCAGUGCCUAGCCUCAGUGCCUCUCUCCACAAUACCACUAGCCUCAGUGCCUCUCUCCACAACACCACUAGCCUCAGUGCCUCUCUCCACAACACCACUAGCCUCAGAAGGCUGAAAUGAUCAUCUUGAGAUUGCUGUAUCUCUCCUGCAGGGGGAACUUGUCAGCCCUUCUGAUCUGCACCUCCAUCGUCUGUGCCUGUCCUUUUUAAGAACAGGUUCUUCGUUGGCAUUUAUCAUUUUUUUUGUACCUCUCAUAGCCAAGGUUGCAUAGACUGCUGCCAGGGCUCUGCGGUUCUCUUCUAUCAGUUGGCACAAUCUCAUUUUCUUGGAUGUUUGACAUAAUCCUGCAGUUCGUUCUGCAGUUCCUGUCUGGUGACAUAAGAUGAGCAGAGAUGUUACAUAAGUGUAGGCGCUAUUACUUCAGUGGAAUGCACACAAAGGUUGCAAUGCAUUUAAACAUGAUUAUAUAGGUUAUAUUGGGGGGUCUUGGAGCCAAAACUCAAAUUGGUUAAAGGGACACUAUAGUCACCAGAACAACUACAUCUUAUUUAAUUUGUUCUGGUGAGUAGAAUCAUUACCUUCAGGCUUUUUACUGUAAACACUGUCUUUUCAGAGAAAUUGCAGUGUUUAUAUUACAGCCUAGUGAUAACUUCACUGGCCACUCCUCAGAUAGCUGUUAAGAGAUCCUUCUUGGGUCAUGGCUGCCUAAAAUGCAUCCAAACAUUCAGUAUCUCCUCCCUCUGCAUGCAGACACUGAACAUUCAUUGAUUCAUUUAAUCUCUGAGAAGAUGCUGAUUGACCAGGGCUGUGUUUGAAUCAUGCUGGCUCUGCUCCUGAUCUGCCUCCCUGUCAGUCUUAGCCAAUCCUGUGGGGAAGCAUUGUGAUUGGAUCAAGCUACCACUUCUGAUUAUGUCAGCAGACUGCCUUAUUUUUGAGUCUAACAACAUGCAGAGUUACAGCUUCUGGCUUGAAUACUGAAAGAUUGGAGGCUUGAGGGGCCCAGGGGCUACAUUUAUGGAGGCAUGAGGGGCCCAGGGGGUCUAGAUGGUGGUUUUAACACUAUAGGGUCAGGAAUACAUGUUUGUGUUCCUGACCCUUUAGUGAUCCUUUAAUACCAGUUUAGAAUACUUAAAGCCCCGCUAAACAGAGUAAGCCACUAGACUAGAGUCAUCCUAAAGUGAGAAAGGUAAUUUUGUAUGGAUGUUUUUAUUUUUUGAAUACUUUCGCUGGUCCGUUGGUUAGCUCCAUUCUUUUUAUUUUUGGAUAUCAAACCUUCUGAAAAGCAAGAAUCUACUAACAAGCCUCAAAGAGCCAAAGCAGUACUUCAUACUAAAAUCGUUGUUGCACUGGCUGUAACAUUCCUUUGCCUGGCGGCUGUAAGAAAAAACUGUGCAAUCCUCAUACUAAAUAGUAUGUUGAUGCUGCCAAGAGAGAAGUAAUUGCAUUUUUUAUGCAGUGGUUUCAGACAGAUCUUUCAGAUUUUCAUGGUUGUCAGUACUGCUGCACUAUGGACCAUUCCUGCUGCGUCUGAAUCCUCUCAUUUGCUUCCAGAUUCUGAAACCAAGGACUCCAGCAAAGGGUCCUUAUCUAGUUCACCCUCUGUAUCCAUGUCCUUAGAUGAUAUGAUGUGUUUUCAGAAGAGAGUCUAGAUAAAUUAGUCAAAGAGGUCCAUAUGGCUAUGAAGGAAGUACAAGGCACAUUUUCACAUUAAGACAAACCCUGGAUUCAUGCACAUUCUGCUUAGAGAAUGGCAGGCAUAUGGAGAAAGACCUUUGAUCACUAAGCACUUUAAAAUAUUUUCUAUUAAAUAAUAUAAACCUUGGGAUUCUAUGCCCAAAACUGAUAUACCCAUUGCACAAUUAGGUUCUAAUGUCUUACGGACAGGCAAGGCCAUUUCCUUCCCCAAAAUCUAAUGGAUAAAAAAGCUAAAACAUCUGUGAAAAAUUUUUCAGGUCUCUUCAAGUUUAUCUUUUGAUGAAUUAUUGAAGUCUAUAGCUGAAGGAAAGAAGAUUUUACCUCAAGAGAAAAAGAAAUCCAACUAGAACAAUAGUUUAUUUUUCUUUGGCAAAGCAUCUUGGGAAGAUCCUUUGGGCCAAAAUAUUCCAGAUACAGUGGCAGACAAGUUUAUAAAGAUAAGCCUAAAGAUAAAAGGAAGUCCUUCAGAUAAAAUAGAUGAGAAAUAUUUUGACGCCAGGCCGUGGAAGUGAGACUGGUUUAUUUUUCCAUACCUGGAAUCAGACCAUCCAAGAUUGAGUCCUAAGAGUCAAACAGCACGGUUACAACUGUGAAUUUGACAAUCUUCUUCAUCCUGUACUUUUGUUUUGAAGUACAUUAUUUGGUGCUAAGAGAGGCAUUAAGUGCUGUGGUCAUAGAACUUGAAAAGAGAGCAGUGUUAGAGAGCAGUGUUAGAAGAAGUGCUUCCAAAAGAAAGAAAUCUCAGCUGAUGAUGUUUCUUCUUGUUAGAAAGCACCAUGGUAUGUUAUCCUUUUUAGACCUCAUGAAAGUGAACACAUUCGUGUCCAAAAAGAAAUUCAGAAUGAAGAUUUACCUUUCAGCACUCAAAUAAGAUCUACGAUCAGUUCAAAGCCUUUCUCUUUGGUCUAUCACUCCAACAGUUUUCUCAUAGAGUCUGAUUGUACAUUUUGCCUGGAGAAAUGCCAAAGAAAUUGAAAGUGAGCAAGCUCUGGGUUUGCCAGGUUUGUCCAGCCAAAAAAACAAUAAGAGUUCUGGGACAGGUGCUAUCCUAGCACUAGCCUAGGGUUGCCAUCAGAAAUUUUGGGGCCCCUAACACAGCUCAAGGUCUGGGGCCUGCCCCCGAGUCCGCCCACAGGGAUGCAGUGUGUGUACUGAUUGUGGUGUGUGUGUAAAAUGGAUGUAGAAUUUGUGUGGUGGAUGCAAAGUGUGUGUGUAAUGUAUGCAGAUUGUACAUUUGUGUAAUGUAUAAUGUGUAUAUUAGAUGCAGAGUGUGUGUGUAGUGGAUGUAGUGCUUGUGUGUAUUAGAUGCGGUGUGUAUAGUGCAUACAGAGUAUGUGUUUGUACAGUGGAUGUAGUCUUUGUGUGUAUUAGAUCAGUCUUGAGGCAAAAUUAUAUGUUUGAUAAUGUGAAUCAAUUUUUAUUUUUUUUGCUUUUGCAAUGGUAGUCCAACAUUGCACACUGUUGCCUACUUUGUUGUCAACAUUUGUCCUUUUUAUUUGAUGCUAUUCCUAACUCAGUCCCAUUUAAUGUAUAAGCUAUUAAUGGAUUCCUUAUUUCAAAAUGCACUACUUUGAAUUAUGGAUUUUUAUUUCUGAAUUUUUUGACAAAAUGUAUUCUAGGUUAACUAUUAUAUAACUCUCUCUCUCUUAUAUGGUUUAAUCAUACAAUACUUGCUACUCUCGUAAUCUUUUUAAAAAUGUGCCCCACUUGUAACUAAAAUACAUUUAUGUACAAUAAAGUCUUAAAAAGAAAAUUGUGUCACAUUUUAUUACACUAAGACAAAGUGCUACCACUCUAAAUAAAAAUUAGAGUAUAUGCAGGUUUUCAGCAUGUAAAGGUUUUUCUUAAAGAGUAUGCGCUCAUACUAGUGUGGUGGAAAUCAAAUGUAUACACCCACCAAAUCCAUUACUGAAACAUUACAAAUUAACUGACACAAAAGCUAUGCAUAUAUUUACAGUAUUUUGUAUGACUGAACUGCCUUAUAAAAAAAAAUAGGUAUUUGUGCUCUUAAGUUUAUUGCUGAACAGAUGUAAUUUUCCCCACAGAACAUUUGAAGAAACGUCUGGAAGAUUACAUGGUUAGAUUCCCCAAGGUAAGAAUUGUGCGAACUAAGAAGAGAGAAGGAUUGAUCCGCACACGUAUGUUGGGAGCCACAGUAGCCAUCGGAGAAGUAAUUACUUUUCUAGAUUCUCAUUGUGAAGCCAAUGUGAAUUGGCUUCCACCCCUUCUAGGUAAGUAGAAAGCCCUUCUUCAAGUCAUACAUUUUGCCAUUCAUAUCUAUAAUUUUUAUUGAGCUUUAUAUGUAAAUACAUGUUUUUCUCUUGGUUCUUAAAAGAAUGGUUACCAUGAGGAUAGAAUGGAAUAGUAUUGUAAUUUGGCUGAAUGUGUGAUUUGAAUCUUUAAUAAAAGAGAUCAAGGAGAAAUAGUUUAUUGCACUUUUUCUGGCUGCUAGACUUGCUUGUUAAUCCAAACGCCAUGCUACUGUUUUACACUAAGGUAUAAUCCAACUUUGUUUUUGUUUUUUCUUCUGCAGACAGAAUUGCUCAGAACCGUAAAACGAUUGUGUGUCCUAUGAUUGAUGUAAUUGAUCAUGACCACUUUGGCUAUGAAACACAAGCUGGUGAUGCAAUGCGAGGGGCUUUUGACUGGGAAAUGUUUUACAAACGUAUCCCCAUUCCUUCUGAGUUGCAGAAUUCAGAUCCAAGUGAGCCUUUUGAGUAA